AUGAAAUGGCUCAAAACGUUUCUGAAUCGAAGUGAGUACUUAAUUUCUGUUCAUCUACAGGAACCACACUAUUGGGGUAAAUCAAUACCUAAACGUUGCUUAUUGUUUGCGUUAAUGUUGAUCAUUUGCAAAGAUUAAAUCCUAUUUUUGAGACUGAAAAUUUGUGUCAUUCCUCAUAGUUUUUGCACAAAAUUACCUAUGCCAUAACUGUUACGCCUGCAGUAAGGUAUUGCUUUAUGAUAAAUACGCUCAUUACUUUCCACAUCAUUGUAAGUACGACCGUGCUUUCGUUUUCAAACUAAACACUCGAGGACUCGUACGUUGCUUUAUGUUCCUCUGAGGAAGACCCUUUUUACUCACUGCUUGACAGGUUUGUACCUUACAACAGCAUUAAUAGAUGCAUAGAUAUCGGCUAACGCAAAUAACCCCACAAGGGUCCAACAACACAUGAUACAAGCCUUACUAAGACUGGAAUAAGCUUUUUAGGACAAAAUAUAACUAACACCUGGGUGUUGAUAUAGUGCAUGAAUUAAAUUUCCUCUGUAUAGUUUAUUCUAAGACGGAAAAUAAAACGAAAAACGUCCAUUAUGCCCGAGCGUUACUAGCUCUGCUGAAUCUGAGAGGAGUCAUACUCUAGACUACCAAGCAGUUCUAUGAAAUUUUGGUAAUCUUUCCUAAUUGGAAGCAUGUAUAAAGACGCAUGGUCUUAUUUGAAUAAAGGGCAUACGCUAUUUCCUUAUGUGCUAGGCGAAAUUCUGAAAUGUGCUUUCAAUUUGAAAGGAUUUCCUCUGUAACGCUGUAACAUAUUUAAAUCUAUAAGGGUACCAAAAAUCGGCGUAAAAAUCCACAAUACUUAAGCAGUCACUCUUACGGAGUAAAGUUUUUGCAGGCGGUCAAAAAGAAGCUUAUUCAAAAUCCUGCAUUCUGACGCGCAUGAAGUAUCCUAGGAUUAUACUGUACGAUAAUCAAUAUUACAACCCCACUUGAGAUUCUUUCAGAAUCAAAAACAUUUAUUGUCUAUCCAGAGCUUACUGCUAAGUUUUAGUAUAUUUAUGCAUGCACGUAGGAUUUGAGCUCAAAACCAAACUGCUCAAUCUGAAAGUGUUUUUAUCGAGGCCAAGUUAAAAUUGUGAUCGGAAUAUUUGUCCAUUGUGAGCUUACGUAAUUUUGAGGCAUUAAUUAUGUCUUAAUCUAGUUAAAUUAUCAUAAAACAUCUUUCCUGACGCCGAAAAUAUUUGUUUUUCAAUGAUUGGAUAAAUUCGCUGAGCAUGUCUUGACUUUCUGCAUCCUGAUAGGUCAUUGUUUGUUAUCAGCCAUGUUGAAGUGAAUGAUAUAGUGGGACAAAUUGCGAGUAGUGCCGGCGAUCUCUGUUAACCUCUAAAUUAAUAGCUCAACUGACUUCACUGUGCUAAAGGAUAAUGGCCAUAAAUACACCUCAGAAAUCCUCAGAACUAGGGCUGCCAAGAUGGCAAGGAGACUUGCAGGUAUAACGGCACGAAUCUGGCUGAAAUUUCAAUCUGUUAAUUAAUUAAAACAGAUGCUGGCAACAGUUUGAGUCUUAUUGUCGACUGUUUGUUUUUCUCAUCAGUAUUUGCAAAUUACGAAUAGCGUACAUAACUAGUUUAUGAUUCGAACUAAACGUGUCUUAUUUGGAGGCAAGCAGCCGUGACUACCUAAUCAGUAACGGUUGUAGCCCACACUUUGAAACCAACCUUUUCUUUAAAAGGAACGCAAAGGAUUUGAAGUGAGGCUUACAGAAAUGUCAAAAUAUAGGCAAAAUAAAUAUGGCAAUGCGUCUCAAUAGUUAGUCAAGUGAAAGCACUAAAUAUGAAAAAUAUGUUAAUCUGAGUCGAGGUCUUUGAAAAUGUAUUAGCGGCAAAUCGAUGCGCCGAAAAUUUUCGUGUUCCCCUAACAAGCAGAAAAUAAUUUCUGUUAAAAUUCAAAGCCAAAUGACUUUAAUGUGCUCCGAGAAAAUAUCUUAGAAUUGAGACCUAAGGAUAAUAGUAGGCAUCCAAAGAAUAUGUAACUGGACAUCAAGAUGCUUUUGAUGAGGCUUUAUAGGAAUCAGAAAUGUUUCACUAAGUUUUUCUUGAGCUAGUUAAAAAAACUUGAUUUAUGGGGUUCUCAAAAAUGUGCAAGAUAGAGCUUUUGGCAAAUGAGACUGAACGUAACUGCCAGGGUCUUCUCAAAAGGUCAUUAUCAUCAGUUGUACUUUCAUCCGUGUUCAGAAAAGUGAUUUCGGCUUUUAUAUUUCUAUAAGACUCGCAUGAUGUAAGACCUCUGAUGGUGCUGUUGAAAACGAAAUUCCCGAUUGUUUCAUGCGACGUUUCCCAUAAGUUUAAAUACGGCUUCCAAAAAGCUCAAUGGCCCAUUUUUCACAGACGAUAGCUUUUAAAAUUAUUUAGGUGUUUGUGGUACAUGCGUGCACAUGGCUGGGCAGCUUGUCCGUGCUUUUUAAAACUACCUUAGACGUCACCGGUUGGACUGCUGGUGAAUAAUCAUUUAUUUCUUGAGAAAUCAAAUUACAGUAGGUGGGCUAGCUCAUAAAAUGUCAGCCGAAAUAACGAGGUACGUUUUCGUACCGAAAAGAUUAAUUAAGCAGGACUGUAAGAUUAAUCAUCACACAACAUAAUUCUUCAAUUACUCAAUUACCUUAGGAUACCGGCUUUCGAACGAACUUCCUUCCGACCGGAUGCACAACCUGUACUCUGCAAUAAUCCACUACUUGAGUAGCAUGACUUUUUCUCAUUGAUUUUCGAUGCCCUUAAAAAUUCAAUUAUAGUUCAUGGAAAACAUGCAUGAAAAGGUCCAUUCGUUCGCUCAUUCGGUUGAAAACUAAGCCCUAUUUAAAUUUUUUACUCAAAAAUUGGUUAUAAUUGGGUAUUAAAAAGUUUCCAAUUGUUAGAUUUUUUCAAUAACGUGAAAUGGCCGUUUAUAAAAAACCAUGUCUCUGUAUUUAACGAUGUGGCUUGUAAAGUUAACAAUAUAACCUUAAUCCGUUGCUAAAUUUUAUGAACCCUAUACGGUAUUCUCUUAAUACUGUACAGAAAUGCAUGGUUUUCCGUACGCGGAAAAUAUACGGCUUGUAGUUUGGAAACUCUGAAUGCAAGUGUAACGGUAGGUCAGGUUCAGAAUUACUAGGGAAUCGAAAAAUCUUUUAAAACCGAAUUAUGCUCUUCCUUUGGGUAUAAGAUUGAAAUAAAACGUAAUGGCCUACCAAAUGAGUAAAAGGAUGAAUAUUUUUAUGCAUGUUUCUCAUGCAAUGUAAUUAAAUUUUUAAGGGCAUUGAAAAUCAGUGAGAAAAAUGUAUGUUACAUAUGUAGUCAUUUUUAGAGUGUAGUUUUUGCAUGCAGCCGGCAGGAAAUUCUUUCGAAAGCUGACAUCCUGGGGUAACUUAGUCAUUAUAGAGCUAUGCCGCAUGAUGAUUAGUUUUACAACCCUAUUUAAUUAAUCAUUUCGAAAAGAAAACGCAUUUUGGAAUUUCGAUUGACGUUUCACGAGUUAGCCCACCUACUCUACGUCCUUUGCCAUUUGUUUGUUUUUUUGAUAUUUGAGGUCAACCGCUGUUUUCCUAUCUGAAUGCGAAGGGAUUUAUAUGUACACGAUCGCCUCUCCUUCGUAAAGCCUUUGUGGGUCAGCAAAUUUUAUGCCUGCAUAUCUUUACAGAUUCACAAAGGAUAAAUUUGCACCUGCAUUUGAAGAAUUCUUCUCUCGAAAAUAGUACAAGCCUCCCAAGCAUAGUAUUCGCUGUCCAUUAUCUAUGGGUCAACAGGUUGGCCAUAAAUAAUUCGAUUGAGAAUGGACUACUUGAAAGAUCGUAACAGAAUUUUUCGUUCUUAGAAGGCGCUCGUCAAAGUGCAAAAUUUUUAUUUUAAUAACAAAUUGCCGAUAGCUUUGGUGCACAUCGAACAUGUCAUGUAAAGUGUGCUUAAAGUAUACCUCCUUCCACUUUUAUAUUUGAACUUUCGUGGUUAUUUUUGUUUCAGAUAGCAUGGGAAUAUUCGCGUUGACGGGCAUUCUGCUGGCCCUGUUUACCUCAACAGUAAGUUGAGCGUUCUGUGUGAUAGCUGGGACGGCUUACCGAAACUGACCCCUGAGUUUAUGCCCCUAUUUACAUUAGAACAGUACUCUUUACUUCGAAAGCAGAGACGUUUAUUAAACAGGACCUCGCGUAAUUAUUAUUGACCUCAUCUAAUUUAUCUUCUGACGGCUCCAAGUUUGUGCUAUUUAAGGUUGUAUAAGUCUAUUGUCACACAUGUUCAGUUGGUUUUCUUCAGUGCAGUUAACGGACUCGUCACUUUUACCUUCCACUUCGAAGGGGAAAAUGAGUGUUUUUAAGAUAAAACAUUUGAUGUUAACUUUCAUAUAAUAGCUACCGUCCUUGUUCCCGAAGAGCUCCUUGGUUGCGGCGAAUGUCGGAACCGUCGCAUUGACUUCGUUCCGGUCGUAAAUUGCUUAAUCGUACCCAAAACACUAAAACUUUGUAAUGAUUCCCCCAUUUAAGCUAUAUAUCUACAAUUUUUUCAUCGGCGGCACAAUGACAUUUGUACAGACUUCCUAGGAGAACAAAGAAAUUACAUGCUAAUGCAAUGUCUUUUGCAAUGUUUCUGGAAACUGCAAACAGGACGUAACAUAGGGAAAUGACACCUACAUUAGGACUGACGUCCAUAAAUCGCUUGGCAGUCAGUUGGUCGUCUUCGAAGAUGGGAAGGAACGCAAUGAACAACUGGUCCUGGACAUCAAAAACCUGCAGAAAGGACGCCCCAACACCCAAGUUGUUUGGAGAUUUGCUAUUGUAGUCUAGAGAUGGCCAUCGAUUGCAGCGAAAACGCAUAAUAGAGUUCUCCAGUAUUUUUGUAUGUGAUCGAAAUCAUACGUGGUCGAAAUCAAAUAGGAGGCCGAACAUAGGGACUUAAAUAUAACUAGGAAAAUAUGCUGAACACGUUUUACAUAUACGUAUUAAUUUGUUGCAAAAGAGAAUGGUUACAAGGCAUAAAGGAUUCCAAGUAAUUUUUGCCUAAUUUUAUGACUUUAGAGCACAAGCGUAAAUAUGCCAAGUUAUCUGCAUUGGCGAAAAAUUGAAAACAAUUUGUAUCAUAUCACCAUUUGCUUGAAAUUAACAGAUGACCAACUAAUUGAAUGAAAACUCUUAACUGGUAGCAGUGCAUGUUUCUGGGAUAGUACUCCCAUGAAAAUAGAAUUCUGGGGAAUUAAUUGUUCCCGGUGCCAAGUGAAUGUCGUCAACAAGUUAGAACUAAUAACUCGAAUUAUUUGUUGCAGAAGUUCAACUUGAUGUUAAACAGAUAUCUGUCGAAAAUAAAACUUUAAAAGGCAUUGAGGAGAUCAUAUGUCGGUGUCAAUAAGUGCUGUCCUGUGGACCUAAUUUAUAUAUAACCGAACAUUUGGGAGACUAAGGGCUUAGCACACACCGAAUUUUUAAAUUUCACUCCAAUCAAAUUCUUUAGAUAACGUCCGAAGACGGGAACACCAACGAUCUGUAAGACAACUUGAAUGAGUUUAUGCAUAAAAACUGACACAUUUUUUAAAGUUUAGAUUAUUCGUGUAAUCAAGAUAACAGAACCUAUGUCGGGGUUGUAUUAAAAGUCAAUUAAAAGUUCUAGAAAAAUGAAAAUUUUUACAAUCGGUAGCAGAAAAAGUGCAAUCAAUGAGGGUGUUCAAAUAGAAAAAAGAAUUAAAUUUGAAUCUGAUGAAAUAAUUUAAACCCAACGGCAAAUAAAAUUUAAGAGAAAAGAAACCCAAAACAAUAAUGUCAGGAUUUUCCGAGCAUAAGAAAUUCACAUAACGUAGUAUCAAACAAAUAUAUGAAAACCGAAAACCGGCGAAACGUAAGUAAGCCGCAGAAGGAUAGUCAGGAAAAAUGGAUAUAUAAAGGACAAUAUUGAGUAAAAUAAGGAUUCCAAGAAGACGUAGAGCAAACGGUGGCGAGCGAUUUCAAAAAUCGGAUUUGACUAUCCAUAUAAAAUCCAGACGUGCACAGGCGGUUCAAUUCUUCUAAGGCGUAAGAACUAGAAAAGAGGGCUGCAUAUAAAUAAAUCUCUCACAUUUGCUGCUUGGUGUUAAUAAACAUUCCUCAUUUGUCUGCAUUAAUUUUCACUGGUAUAAACUGUCAUCAACAGUAGAAAAGAGAGUAUCGACGGAGUUUUUUUAACUCAGGAAUGUAAACUUACCAAUUACAAGUCAAAUUUUGACAAAUUGUGUUCUGACUGCGGUCCAGUGACUAGAGAAUGGCUCGUAUUUUGACGGGAAAUGCUUUCUCAAAUUAUAAAAUCAUACGAGCACUGCAUCAAAAGGGGAAAAAGGGUGUCAGAAAUGAACAAGUCGAAACACAGAAUGCAAAUUAAGUCAAGAGUUAUUUAUUAGCUCAGGGUUAGAUUCCCGCGAAAACGAGAUCACAAGCUAGAAAAACACUACAAAGAAAGCUUGAAUAUGACGAAAUGAGCCCCACACGUCCUGAAAUACGAAUAGCAGAAUACUGCCUGAUGCAGUUCUCUGCACUCGCACAGGGUCUCCCUUUUACAUGCCAUCGUUCCCGUAUAGUGAUCACAUAGACAUGCCUCUCCAUUUCAGGAAUAACGUUAACACGAACAAAACGUGAGUCUGUUCAAUAACUCGGCUUUUAAUCUGACACCGAUAUCACUAGUGACAUCUUCAAGAUUAUUUUUUUUAAUGCGUAAGAAAAAAAAGGAUUUUGUCUCGUUUGCCGCAGUCAAUCGCGUUAUCAUUCCAAAACAUUAUGUUUUUCGGCAACGCAGUGCAUUAUUACUAAAACCAGUACGAGAACUAAAAAUUCUAUUAUUACUACUAGUACUAAAACAACUAAUACUACUACUACUACAAGUGCUACUCUACCUUGUAGUGAUGAAGAGGCAACAGCCAACAUCACAAUCACUGCGAAUAGCACGUAUGCAUCUCCUACUUUCUACCAAAUGGACUUGUUUGCCCUAAAACAUAAUCCCUUGCAAUAAGUAGCAAGCCCUACCGAUACAAAUCCUUGCCGUCAGACUCACCUCUGCUAUCUAGUUUAUAGGCAAAAGUCUUAUUUGUUUAGGACAAGUUCCCCUGAAAAUUAAUAUGUUCAGCAAUUUAGAGUUCACAGCUGUGAGUAUGUAGGAAUUGGGGACAAUAAAACAUUGUCCAUAAGAAUUCAUUCCUCUUCCAUUUCUGCAUCCUGUUGGUGGACACCGACGGAGAUAAGUAAUUCCUCCAGUUUUGUGCUACGGGCUUGGCGGCUUGACUUUGGGCGAGCUCUCUUCCUACACGCUGUCUAAAUCCAAGUUCAUCCAAUUCUAUAUCAUCUGAAUGAAUAGGAAGUGCUCUCCACCUGGAAGAUUUGAACACGUAGGUGAACGGUGGUACGCAGGCCGUCGCAGGUUGUGGGCUGUCUGCAUCCGUAACAGAUCAACACUGAUACUGUGAUAUUCUGUCUGAAGGCAUUUGUUGCUCUCCAUUAGGGUAUUCUCAUUCGAAAACGAAGUGGAAUUGCACAAUAAGCAGAAUGGGCAUGCUACUCUGUUAUUCGACUGAAGUUGACGGAAUGCAGGUGAGCGGGAUUGUGCCGAAUAAUUCCUGCUUAGGCCACAUAUGAAUGUUCGAGGAGAUGUGUAGGCUUUAAUUGCCCAGUAUAUGCAUCGCUUCGGAUUAAGAAGUCUGAGUAUGUGGUGGGGCGUUGGGGUUGGUAGAAGCGGAGCUUAUUUCCAUCAAAAAUGAUAGCCCAACCGAAUCGCCACAAGGGAAAUUCAUUUCAGUUUUAUGUUCUUCGUCAGCUUGCUCCCAUGUCGCGCAUUUAUUACGAAGUUUGUCAUUCAAAAGUACAACUUGAUCUGCACACCAAUUCUCUCUCUCUUUCCUUCCUUAUAUGACUCCACCUCAUAAGGCACGGAGAUCCCACGAACAAGACGGCGGACGCCGGAGACAAGUAUGACUUUGCUACUGAUUUCGAAAUACAAUGUGUGAAACACACCCAGUAAUUGUUUAUUGUAUGCCUUACUCUACUACACGACCAACCACUCUCCGCGGCAUUCAUACGUAAAGCCUUCUGAGCCCGAGACCGCAUUGCUACCACGUAAUACUUGGCAAAAUGACAAAGCUUGAAUUCGGUUGGAGCCCUCUGCAGUGGUUUACAUAUUUUUGCGACAAUCGAGAUCCCUGGAGGCCCCAGCCCCAUGGAUAUGUCAAUGUCAGACUCACGGGUGCUUCUGCUAACCGCACUAAAAUAAAGCCCGAUGACGUCCUCUGCACUCCCGGCGGUGUCUCCAUUCGACAUGCCAUCGUAUUCUUACUAGUAUUACUAUUACUCCUAUUACUACUACUACUUCGGCCACUGCUACCAUUACGAAUACCAGUACUGCUACUUUUGCUACUAAUUCUUCUACUCCCAUUACCACAACCAUUUUCUUCGCCUUGCAGUACUGAAGAAGCUACAUCCGACGCACCAGUCCCAGCGAAUAACACGUAUGAUUUGAAUGUUUGCUAUGGAAGAUUUUGAAUAAGUUACAUUAUUUAACUGCGAAAAACGAGGCGACUCGGUAUGAUUCAAACGCAGAGGAGCAAUGGGAGGUUAUAAUACAGCCAAAGGUCCAGCGAUUGGAAGGCACUGCAAUGGACGUCUGUUGGCACAUGGCCAAUUAGUUGCCGGCUUCUGCUAACCGCAAUAAAAUAGCGUCUGGCGUUUUUUCUGCAAUACUAGCAGUUCCUCCAUUUUGCACGCCAUCGUACUCUUACCACUACCUCUACGGACAAUGGUACUAAUUGUACAAACAAUACUUCAAUGGUAUUACUACUACUAAUAUUAAUAUUACUACAACAAUUUCUACUAGUACUUCCAAUAACACCUGAACUAAUACCAAAAUAACCACUGCUACUACUACUACUACUGCUACUAUUACUACAGAUACGAAUAAAAUGCACCUACUACUACUUCUGCCAAUAUUACUGCUACUACUACUACUACUUCUGCUAUUAGUAUUAAUAUUACUGAAACUCGGAUUGGCAAAUUCGAGAGAUCGAGGUUGAUGAUUUGAAGAAGAUGGGCUCAUCGUAACAGCUUUAUUUAGAUGCUGAGAUUUCGAAAAGCUUGGUCAGCUCUCCAUUAUCAAAGCGCAAAAUGCACUUACUCGACACAUGAACGUCCAAGAAUAUUGGUAGGCUUAAAUUACCAAAUGCAUGCGUAGCUUCGGAUUAAGAAGUCUGAGUAUGGGGUGUGGGUUCCGAAAAAGUGGGGCUUAUUUCCAUCAAAAAUGAUAGCAUCACCGAAACGCCACAACUGAAAUCCAUUUCCAUUUUAUGUUCUUGGUCAGCUUGCUCCCAUGUCGCGCAUUUAUUACCAACUUUGUCAUUCAAAAGUACAACUUGACCUGCACACCAAAUCUCUCUCUCCCUCCCUCCUUCUAUUACUCGACCUCAUAAGGCACGAAGAUGGUGCGAACAAGACGGCGGACGCCGGAGAAAAGUAUGACAUUGCUACUGAUUUCGAAAUUCAUUUGGUGAAAGAUGCUUAGGAAUUGUUAAUUGUAUGACUUACUGUAUUACACAGCCAACUACUCUUCGCGGCUUUCAUACGUAAGGUCAUCUAGACCAGAUGCCGCAUUUCAUAGAAUGUAAUACAGCAAGAUAUCCUGGUAUUACUUGGCGAAAUGACAAAGUCUGAAUUGGGUUGGAGCCCUCUGCAGUGGUUUAAAUAUUUUUGUUACAAUCGAGAGCCCUAUAGAUUCGCGGGUGACAAACAUUCGUUGACUCACCAAUAAAGCUCUGUUGAAAUCACUCUGCAGUCCGAGGCGGAUUUAUAGCAGCGAACCGGAGGAUAGAGCACUUCAAUCCCUUCAUGUUCGCGGCCAGCAUAUGCUGAAUAGGUAUCCAAGGGCAUUAACAAUUCGCUGCCUACGCAGUUGACACCACCAAGAAUAUGGCCUUCUAUGCCAUACAUUAGGGUUGUUUUAGAAUCUACCGAGCGCAUUGCUGUGAGGCUAGGUGUUGGAAUUGCACACCGGUUCAUACGCAUCAUGUGUAGCAGGGUUGUGAAAAGUAAAGACCGGUUGCGAUGCAAGGUGCAAUCUGGGGUCUACAGCCCCAUCGCGUGUCAGAACUGGCCCUGUGACUACAGAGGUCGGAGCGGACGCAUGCUUGCAGCGUGCGUGCACAAGCAUAAGUUGGCUGUGCGACGAAGCGACGAAGGAUCGUAACUGGCAACUACGCCUGGGUAACGUGUCAUUAGUUUGAUUUCGCCACCACCAAGAUAACCGCUCACACCGGAAUCAAUAGAGUCCGAAAAAGGAUUGAGGCCUGAGCCUAGGCUGACAAUCCAGAGAACUGAUUUAUCAACUGGGCGCUGGUUUACAAAUUUUUACGCAAUCACUUUCAGUCCUGCGUUAUCCUUUGAUGUUUGGUUAUAACUCUAUAUAAUUAUCGCUCGUUCUGCUGUUGCCAUUAUCUCUGAUGAUGGAAUGCUGCACGAGGUCGAAAGCCAAAAAAAAUUUGUAAGACCAAAAUAAAAUCCCCAGCCCGAGCGGUGUGGGAUCGGCUGAAUAAACAGUUUGUAGAAUACCUAAAGCAAAAUGUGAUUACGGAGAACGAAUUUCGCCGAAUUAGAGCAAACUUGCUUCGAUUCAUGUACCACAUGAUCCACUACAGUAAAUCGUUGCACCAAUGGGCAGCCCGCAUUUAUAAGGUAGCAAAGUGAAUGUACUCAACACUGAAGCGCCUCUAAGCCAAUUCGAUUGCUUCAGCUACGUUAACCGCUGAAUUCCUCGUACAUCUCCGAGGUUGGAGGACGAAAUCAGACAAAAUCAUGGUCUCUUUUGAUGACACGUACUAAAUGCCAUCCAUCAGACAAAAUCUGGCGUAAAACGUCACGCGCAUGAGAAUUCGGGAGACGUAAGACGAGACUCAAAUUUAACACAAAAUUGUGCAUCUAAUGAGACUGUUUGAGUUUGCCGAAAGUGACGGAAAUAGGUAAUUUCUCCCCUUUUAUGGUAUCGUUUAUUCGCUGUCACGUGUUGCUUAAACUGGAAGUGCGAAUGUGAUUUUUCUACUCGAAUGUACCCGCAUGAAUCGGUACAAUAUUUAAUCUCGCACGGCAUAAUCCAUAGAUGUAUAAUUUACACAGCAAUGCCGGCUUUUAAGUCAGCUUACUUAUCAAGGCGAUUCUUCCUCUAAAACUACUGCUAGUCGGCCAAACUUUGGACACACAUCUGGGCAUGUUUGAUGGCGAGACCAAAUACAAAUUGCAGCAUCCCAAUAUGGCUUUGAACAAUAGAAGGAAACGUGGUACUUCGAGUUAGCCUCAGUGAGGCACUGUUGGCAAUUGGAAGGCACGGCAAUGGACGACUGUUGGCACAUGAGCUAAAAAUUUUUGGCCUCUGCUAACCGCACUAAAAUAACGCCCGAUGGCGUUUUCUGCACUUCCGGCAGUGUCUUUAUUCUACAUGCCAUCGUAUUCUUACUACUAUUACUAUUAAUCCUACUACUACUACUACUACUUCUGCUACUGAUACCACUACGACUACCAGUACUGCUACUUUUGCUACUAAUUCUACUUCUCCCAUUACCACAACCAUUUCCUUCGCCUUGCAGUACUGAAGAAGCUACAUCCGACGCACCAGUCCCAGCGAAUAAUACGUAUGAUUUGAAUGUUUGGUAUGGAAGAUUUUGAAUAAGUUAUAUUUACAUAACUGUGAAAAAUGCGGAGCCGCGAUAUGAUUCAAACGCAGAAGAGCAAGGGGAGGUUCUAGGACAGCCAAAGGUUUAGCGAUUGGAAGGCACUGCAAUGGACGUCUGUUGGCACAUUAGCUAUCAGUUGCUGGAUUCUGCUAACCGCAAUAAAAUAGCGUCUGGCGUUUUUUCUGCAAUGCCAGCAGUUCCUCCAUUUUGCACGCCAUCGUACUCUUACCACUACCACUACGGACAUUGGUACUAAUAUGACAACCACUACUGUCACUACUACUACUACUACUACUACUACUACUACUACUACCAAUACUUCGGUGGUAUCAUUACUACUAAUACUAAUAUUAUUGCAAAAAUUUCUACUAGUACUCCCACUAAGACCUGAACUAAUACGAAUACAGCCACUGCAGUUACUACUGCUCCCACUACUUCUACGACUACCAUUUUCUUGUCCUUAUAGUACUCAAGAGGCUACAAUCGACACAACAGUCUCUGCGAAUAACACGUAUGCAUUUCCUUAUAACCUCAAAACGAUCUUGUUUGCACGGAAUUGUUAUUUCCGGCAUGGGUUUGCCCAAACAUAUCAUUGGCGAUUUGGAGCACACAAAUUCUUUGUUACGACAUUUCUGAGAAUAUUAUUCGCUGUACUCCUCUGGUAGCAAACUACGCCAUCUCCGAAUUGUCUGCCUGAGGGCAGCUGUCAUUCGUCUUUAAACAACCUCUCCAAUUCCUAAUUUAUUUGAACCCCACUUGCCAUUACACUUGCAUGCAUGUUUGCCAGACUACAAGCUCUGUGAUAUGGCUAUAAGGAGGAAGAUGCAUUUUUACACGCUAUUAAGAAGAUGCCAUAUAAUUUUCAUGAAAUUUCGUAAAGGACAAUGACCUAGUUGUCCGUUUAAUGCGCACAAAUGCUAAUAUGCUGCUGUGUCAUUGGACAUUUCACGGUCCUGAAGUCUCAUAAUUAGAGUCUUCUUUAAAACCGAACUGUAAACUUAAAUGAAAUAGAAUAGUUGACGCAGGCGUAAUGUGCUACCAAAGGAAUAGAAGCAGGAAUAUAUUUUGCAUGUUCGCUUCAAAGCUCGACUUCCAGUCUGCAUCACUGAUUUCUUCAAUAUUAUCUGCAAGAUCAAUUUUUUAAAUGCAUUACAAUUGGAAAAUCUUAUCUAGCUUUCCACACUCAAUUACUUCCUCAUUUCUAGCAAUAUGCCUUCUCAUCAAUGCGAUAUGCCACUACUACUUUUCCUUGCAGUGUUGAAGAGGCUACAACCGACACAAUAACCACCGAGAAUAACAGGUAUGCAUCUCCCAAUUACUAGAAAUGGCCUUGUUUGUAGAACGUUACAAAUUCCUUCUCCUUGCAGUACUGAACAGGCUACAACUGACACAACAGUCCCAGCAAAUAACAUGUAUGCAUUAAAUGUUUGUUUUAAUGGAUUUUUAAUAAUUCGUGUUCACUAAUUUGCGAAAAACGCGGUGCCUCGGUGAAAUCCAAACCCCCCGACAUCUAGGGGAAGCUUUAGGGCGCCCAAACCUCUAGUCACCUGAGCUACGAGGCCGCACCGGACAUUUGGAAGCCACCAAAUCUGACACAGUAAGCUCAGUGCCCAAGUAGCAUCUCCAAAGUGGGUUCAAAUCCGACCGAAGUGCUGAGUUUGUCACAGCUAGGUCAGUAUGAUCUGUGCAUCUCCUAAUAACUACAAAAUGGCCUUGUUUGAGUAGAGUUGCAAGUCCUGACAUGGGUUUGACCUAACACAUCAUUGACGACUUGGAGCACCAAAGUCCUUUGUUAAGACAUGUCUGAGAAAAUUAUUUGCUGUACACCUCUGGUAACAAACUACGCCUUCUCCAAAUUGUCUGCCUGAAGGUAGCUGUUAUUUGGCAUUAAAUAAGUUAUCUAUUUCCAAAUUGUUUUGAACCCCGCUUGCUAUUACACUCGCAUGCGUAUUUACCAGACUACAAGCUGUAAGUUAUCCCUAUAAGGAAGAAGAUAUAUUUCUACACGCUAUUAAGGCGUUAUCAUAGACAGCACAUGAAAUUUCGUAGUGGAUGAUGACUUAGUUGUCCACCUCAUAUGGACCAUUAAUGAACGUACUAAUGUGAAGCUGUAUGAUCAGACAUUUCAUGGUCCUGAAAAGUCUCAUAAUUAGAGUCCUUUUUAAUCCGAACUAUAAACUUGAAUUAAAUAGAAUAGUUGACGCAGGCGUAAUGUGCUACCAAAUAAAUAGAAGCAGGAAUAUAUUUAGCAUGUCUCUCAUAUUAUAUAUUUGAGUAUUUGAGGGCAUCAAAAAUCAGCAUGAGAAAUUCACACUAACUAUAGUCAUAAAAUUUGGAAUGCGGAUUUUGCAGAAGGCAAGAAGGGAGCUGGUUAAAAAUCAGGCAUUCUGGCGUGACUGAUACAACUUUGGACUAUGCUGCGCGAUAAUGAAUAUUACAAACCUACUUUGAUAGGUUUUUGAGUCAGAAACCCAAUCCUGGUGUUCGGUUAAAAGUUCAUAGGGAUAGGGAAUUAAUGUGUGUCAAAUGCAUGUUGGCUUUAAGCGACUUUCCCUCAUAUAUGCUGUCUGCCAUUGUUAAUAUGCCCGAUCGCGACCGACAUGACAUCGAGCCUGUAGUUCAAAUGUUAUGGCGCUGGACUUCUAAACAACAGGCUGUUCGUUCCAGCCUCGAGAUUUAGACACCUCGGAACUGGGCGUGACUGGCUGAUGACAGUUAACAGGACAGAAAUGGCCAUUACGGUCUCCCUUGUCUUUGUCGGUUAUGCUAUUCCGCCCAUAAUACGUGCUGACGUGAGGCUGUCCGUAGGGACUGAGAGAGAAUGCCAGGCAGAACGGAACGUACUAUCGUGUCCUUAUAGUAAUCCCAUCGACAUACUUAUCCAUUUCAGGAAUAACAUUAACACAACCAAACCGAGAUUCUGUCAAGAAAGUCGGAUUUCAAACUGACUUACUGAUAUUAUUAAUGUUAUUCUCAUGGUAAAUUCAGUGGGCUAAGAGCAUUGGGUCGUUUCUGGCGAUUGGAAAACCCUGCAACGGAAGACUGCUGGCACAUGCGCCGACAAUAGCUGGCUUCUGCUAGCCACAAUAUAAUAACGCCUGAUUGGGUUCUAUGCACUCACAGCAGAGUCUCCCUUAGUAUGCCAUCGUACUAUUUCAGCAAUCACAUCGACAUAAUUAUCCAUUUCAGGGAUAACGAUAAUAUGACCAAUCUAUGAGUCUGGUUCAUAGCCCUCAUUAAAUUUGCAUCGCUGAUAAAUUUCAGUAUUCACAAUAUCAUCUUUCUAAGCUCUACAGAAUAUAAUAACCUUGUCCCACUUGCCACCUUCAUCCACAAUCUUCUUUAUAAGAAUGUACUAACUCGUCUGUGUAAUGCAAUGCCACACUACUACUACUACUACUACUACUUCUACUACUACAACUACUACGACUACUACUCCCACUGCUACUGCCAAUAUUAGUACUAUUACAUUCACUAGUAGUAAUAUUACUACUGGAACUCAGAUUUGUAAAGUUGAGUGAUAUGGGUUGAUGAUUUGAAGAAGAUGGACUCAUCGGUACGGGUUUAAUUAGAUGUUGACAUUUCGAAGAGCUUGAUCAGAUCUGCAUUGUCAAAGCGUAAAAUGCACUUAGCUGACCAGGAAGUCCAUUUCGCAUUUCACGGUGAUCGGCCUCGUGCUGGUCGAUUUUUCUCCUCUCGCUGCCCCGGCCUCUAGGAGGAUGAUUGACGGGCGAUUUGUCUGCGUGCUUUGUGAGUCACAGCUCAUUCGGGGGAAGGUGAGUGAACUUUUUGUCGGGUGAUCGGUCUGGCGGUUCUUGUUCUUCCUCACAAAGUAAACUCGCCGUUGGACUGACUCCGUAUGACCUUCUUAUAUCCGGUGUGGUUGUUUGGUCCAGAACCUUACGAUUGUGAUGACGUAGGACUUUGUAAGCUGAAGGAAGGUCCAGACCCCUGUUGAUGGAGUGAGAAUCACACCUCGAAAGUAAGACGUUCUGUUUCUGUGUUGUCACGGCCUAGGAUGGUAGCUCGCUGGAGAUCGAAUUAAUGCCCAGUUUCUUCAACGUGCAUUGCUAGUUGAGAGUUAGGUUCUAAACACCGAGAGGCCGAUUUGUGCUCUUGUAGGCGAGUUUGCAAUUACCCUCCAGAUUCUCCCACCUAGAGGCAGUGCUCAUCAUUAAAAUUUAUUUUGUAGAUGACUGCUGGGGUUGCUGGGUUCUUAGGUUGCAUCAGACGGCGUCGAACUGUUGCCUGAGGUCGAUGGGCUAUGCCUACUCUGGCGGAUUGUAGUAGUCGACAGACUGCCUGAAAAUGUUCUCUGCAUUUACAGUGAGGUCUACUUUUCACAUGCCAUCGUACUCCUACAGUGAUCACAUCGACAUACUUAUCCAUUUCAGAGAUAACGUAAAACCGACCACACCAUGAGUCUGAUUCAAAUCUCGACUUUCCGUCAGCGUCACUGGCCUCUUCAACAUUAUAUUCAGAAUCCAUUUUUAAUGGCAUCAUAAUAAGAAAAUCUUGUCUCGCUUGCCGCACUCAAACAAGUUCUCCUUUCUAACAGCAUGCUUUCUCACCAAGGCAAUGUACCACUACUACUUUUCUUUGUAGUGUUGAAGAGGCUACAACCGAGGCAAAAAUUCCCGCGAAAAACACGUAUGCACUUCCGACUUACUACAAAAUGUUCUCGCCUGAAGAAAUUUGCAGAUGCUGGACGCGUUCGCCCUAACACAUUAUCGGCCACUUUGAGCAAAUAUAUCCCAUGCAAUAUCCGAAAAUCCAUACAAAUGCAAUUCAUUACCCUCAGAGUCACGCCUGUCGCCAUAAUCAGCACUUAUUUGCUUUGGCCAAGUUUUAUUGAGUCGAUGUAUGAUCAGGGACUUGGAGAGCAUAAGUCUGAGUAGGUAUAAAUUGAGUUUAUAUUCAUAGAAAUUUCUUUGACAUUUGUUUCUGCACCCUAUUGGAAAGUGACGGAGAUAGGUAAUUUCUCCCCUUUUAUGGUAUCGUUUAUUCACUGUCGCGUGUUGCUUUACCUGAAAGUGUGAAUGUGUUUGUUCUACUCGAAUGUACCCGCAUGAAUCGGUACAAUAUUUAAUCUCGCACGGCAUAAUCCAUAGAUGUAUAAUGUACACAGCAAUGUCGGCUUUUAAGUCAGCUUACUCAUCAAGGCGAUUUUCUACUUAUUCUUCCUUUAAAACUACUGCUAGUCGACCAGACUUUGGACUCACCUAUUGGCAUGAUUGGUGGCGAGACCAAAUACAAAUUGCAGCAUCCAAAUAUGGCUUUGGACAAUGGAAAUAAAUGUGGUCCGUUGAGUUAGCCUCAGUGAGGCACUGUUGGCAAUUGGAAGGCAUGACAAUGGACGACGGUUGGCACAUGAGCUGGCAAUUGCGGGCUUUUGCUAACCGCACUAAAAUAACGUCUGAUGACGUUCUCUGUACUUCCGGCAGUGCCUCCAUUCUGCAUGCCAUCAUAUUCUUACUAUUAUUACUAUUAAUACUAUUACUACUACUACUACUACGACGACUACUACUACUACUACUUCUGCUACUGCUACCACUGCGACUACCAGUACUGCUACUUUUGCUACUUAUUCUACUUCUCCCAUUACCACAACCAUUUCCUACGCCUUGCAGUACUGAAAAAGCUACAUCCGACGCACCAGUCCCAGCGAAUAACACGUAUGAUUUUAAUCUUUGCUAUGGAAGAUUUUGAAUAAGUUAUAUUUACAUAACUGUGAAAAAUGCGGAGCCGCGAUAUGAUUCAAACGCAGAAGAGCAAUGGGUGGUUCUAGUACAGCCAAAGGUCCAGCGAUUGGAAGGCACUGUAGUGGACGUCUGUCGGCACAUUAGCUAUCAGUUGCUGGAUUCUGCUAACCGCAAUAAAAUAGCGUCUGGCGUUUUUUCUGCAAUGCCAGCAGUUCCUCCAUUUUGCACGCCAUCGUACUCUUACCACUACCACUACGGACACUGGUACUAAUAUGACAACCACUACUGUCACUACUAAUACCACUACUUCAGUGGCAUGAUAACCAUUACUAGUAAUAAAUUUGACAAAAAUUUCUACUAGUACUCCCACUAACACAUGAAAUAAUACGAAUACAACCACUGCUGGUACUACUGCUCCUACUACUAUUACGACUACCAUUUUCUUGUCCUUAUAGUACUCAAGAGGCUACAAUCGACACAACAAUCUCUGCGAAUAACACGUAUGCAUUUCCUUAUAACCUCAAAACGACUUUGUUUGCAUGAAUUUGUUAUUUCCGGCAUGGGUUUGCCCUAACAUAUCAUUGGCGAUUUGGAACACCAAAAUUCUUUCUUACGACAUUUCUGAGAAUAUUAUUCGCUGUACUCCUCUGGUAGCAAACUACGCCUUCUCCAAAUUGUCUGCCUGAAGGAAGCUGUCAUUUGGCUUUAAACAAGUUCUCCAAUUCCGAAUUAUUUUGAACCCCACUUGCCAUUACACUCGCAUGCAUGUUUGCCAGACUACAAACUGUGUUCUCUGGCUAUAAGGAGGAAGAUGCAUUUUUACACGCUAUUAAGAAGAUGCCAUAUAAUGUUCAUGAAAUUUCGUAAUGUACGAUGACCUAAUUGUCCGUUUAAUGCGCACACAUGCUAAUGUGAUGCUGUGUGAUUGGACAUUUCACGGUCCUGAAAAGUCUCAUAAUUAGAGUCCUUUUUAAUCCGAACUAUAAACUUGAAUGAAAUAGAAUAGUUGACGCAGGCGUAAUGUGCUACCAAAUAAAUAGAAGCAGGAAUAUAUUUAGCAUGUCUCUCAUAUUAUAUAUUUGAGUAUUUGAGGGCAUCAAAAAUCAGCAUGAGAAAUUCACACUAACUAUAGUCAUAAAAUUUGGAGUGCGGAUUUUGCAGAAGGCAAGAAGGGAGCUGGUUAAAAAUCAGGCAUUCUGGCGUGACUGAUACAACUUUGGACUAUGCUGCGCGAUAAUGAAUAUUACAAACCUACUUUGAUAGUUUUUUGAGUCAGAAACUCAAUCCUGGUGUUCGGUUAAAAGUUCAUAGGGAUAGGGAAUUAAUGUGUGUCGAAUGCAUGUUGGCUUUAAGCGACUUUUCUUCAUAUAUGCUGUCUAACAUCUGUCAUUGUUAAUAUGCCCGAUCACAACUGACAUGACAGCGAGCCUGUAGUUCAAUAGUUAGGGCGUUGGACUUCUAAACAACAGGCUGUUCGUUCCAGCCUCGAGAUUUGGACACAUCGGAACUGGGCGUGACUGGCUGAUGACAGUUAACAGGACAGAAAUGACCACUACGGUCUUCCUUGUCUUUGUCGGUUAUGCUAUUCCGCCCAUAAUACGUGCUAACGUGAGGCUGUCCGUGGGGAUUGAGAGAGAAUACCAGGCAGCAUGGAAUCUACCAUCGUGCCCUUAUAGUAAUCCCAUCGACAUACUUAUCCAUUUCAGGAAUAACAUUAACACAACCAAACCGAGAUUCUGUCAAGAAAGUCGGAUUUCAAACUGACUCACUGAUAUUAUUAAUGCUAUUCUCAUGGUAAAUUCAGUGCGCCAACAGCAUUGGGUCUUUUCUGGCGAUUGGAAAACCCUGCAACGGAAGACUGCUGGCACAUACACCGACAAUAGCUGGUUUUUGCUAACCACGGCCUAAUAACGUCUGAUGCAGGUCUCUGCAAUAAGAGCAGGGUCUCUCUUUUACAUGCCAUUGAACUCUUUCAGCAAUCCCAUCGACAUACUUAUCCAUUUCAGGGAUAACGAUAAUAUGACCAAUCUAUGAGUCUGUUUCAUAGCCCUCAUUAAAUUUGCAUUGCUGAUAAAAUUCAGUAUUCACAAUAUCAUCUUUCUAAGCUCUACAGAAUAUAAUAACCUUGUCCCACUUGCCACCUUCAUCCACAAUCUUCUUUAUAAGAAUGUACUAACUCGUCUGUGUAAUGCAAUGCCACACUACUGCUACUUCUACUACUACAACUACUACGACUACUACUCCUACUGCUACUGCCAAUAUUAGUACUAUUACUUCCACUAGUAGUACUAUUACUACUGGAACUCAGAUUUGUAAAUUUGAGUGCUAUGGGUUGAUGAUUUGAAGACGAUGGACCCAUCGGAACGGGUUUAUUUAGAUGGUGACAUUUCGAAGAGCUUGGUCAGAUCUGCAUUGUCAAAGCGUAAAUUGCACUUAGUCGACCAGAAAGCCCAUUUCGCAUGCCACGUUGAUCGGCCUCGUGCUGAUCGAUUUUUCUCCUUUCGCUGCCCCGGCCUCUCGCAGGAUGGUUGACGGGCGUUUUGUCUGUAAUUCACCGCACAUUCGGGGGGAGGUGAUUGAACAUUUUGUCGGGUGAUCGGUCUGGCGGUUCUUGUUCUUCCUCACAAUGUAAACUCGCCGUUGGACUGUCUCCGUAUGACCUUUUUAUAUCCGGUGUGGUUGUUUGGUCCAGAGCCUUACGAUUGUGAUGACGUACGACUUUGUAAGCUGAAGGAAGGUCCAGACCCAUGUUGAUGGAGUGAGAAUCACACCUCGAAAGUUAGCCGUUCUGUUUCUGUGUUUCCACGGCCUAGGAUGGUAGCUCGCUGGAGAUGGAAUUUAUGCCCAGUUUCUUCAACGUGCGUUGCUAGUUGAGAGUUAGGUUCUAACCACCGAGAGGCCGAGUUGUGCUCUUGCAGGCGAGUCAGCAAUUACCGUCCAGAUUCUCCCACCUAGUGGCAGUGCUCCUCAUUAAAAUUUAUUUUGUAGAUAACUGCUGGGGUUGCUGGGACCUUAGGGUGCAUCAGACGGCGUCGAACUGUUGCCUGAGGUCGAUGGCCUAUGCCUACUCUGGCGGAUUGUAGUAGUCAACAGACUGCCUGAAAAUGUUCUCUACACUUACAGCGAGGUCUACUUUUUACAUGCCAUCGUACUCCUACAGUGGUCACAUCGACAUACUUAUCCAUUUCAGAGAUAACGUAAACACGACCACACCAUGAGUCUGUUUGAAAUCUCGACUUUCCGUCAGCGUCACUGACCUCUUCAACAUUAUCUUCAGGAUCCAUUUUUAAUGGCAUCAUAAUAAGAAAAUCUUGUCUCGCUUGCCACACUCAAACAAGUUCUCCUUUCUAACAUUAUGCUUUCUCACCAAGGCUAUGUACCACUACUACUUUUCUUUGUAGUGUUGAAGAGGCUACAACCGACGCAAAAAUUCCCGCGAAAAACAGGUAUGCACCUCCUACUUUCUAUAAAAUUGCCUUGUCUACAGAAAUUUGCACAUGCUGGACGGGUUCGCCCUGACACAAAAUCGGCCAUUAUGAGCACCAAAAUUUCAAGCAAUAUCUGACAAUCCAUACAAAUGCAAUUCAUUAUCGUCAGAGUGACGCCUGUCGCCAUAAUUAGCGGCGACAAAUUUAUUUGUUUUGGUCAAUUUUAUUGAGUGAAUGUAUGAUCAGGGACUUGGAGAGCAUAAGCCUGAGUAGGUAGAAAUUGAGUUUAUAUUCGUAGAAAUUUCUUUGACAUUUGUUUCUGCAGCCUAUUAGAAAGUGACGGAAAUAGGUAAUUUCUCCCCUUUUAUGCUAUCGUUUAUUCCUUGUCGCGUGUUGCUUAAACUGGAAGUGUGGAUGUGUUUGUUCUACUCGAAUGUAUCCGUAUGAAUCGGUAUAAUAUUUAAUCUCGCACGGCAUGAUCCAUAGAUGUAUAAUUUACACAGCAUCAUCAAGGCGAUUUUCUACUUACUCCUCCUCCUCCUCCUCCUCCUCCUCCUCCUCUAAAACUACUGCUAGUCGGCCAAACGUUGGACUCACCUAUGGGCAUGUUUGAUAGCGAGACCAAAUACAAAUUGCAGCAUCCAAAUAUGGCUUUGAACAAUAGAAGGAAACGUGGUACUUCGAGUUAGCCUCAGUGAGACACUGUUGGCGAUUGGAAGGCACUGCAGUGGACGACGGUUGGCACAUUUGCUGACAAUUGCGGGCUUUUGCUAACCGUACUAAAAUAACGCCUGAUGACGUUCUCUGCACUCCCGGCAGUGUCUCCAUUCUGCAUGCUAUCAUAUUCUUACUACUAUUACUAUUAAUCCUAUUACUCCUACUACUACGACCACUACUACUUCUGCUACUGAUACCACUACGACUACCAGUACUGUCACUUUUGCUACUAAUUCUACUUCUCUCAUUACCACAGCCAUUUCCUUCGCCUUGCAGUACCGAAGAGGCUAAAUCCGACACAGUAUUCCCGGCGAAUAACACGUAUGAGUUUAAUGUUUGCUAGGGAACAUGUUUAAUAAUUUAUCUUAUUUAUCUACGAAAAACGCGGCGACUCGAUACGAUUCAAACCCAGACGAACAAGUGGAGGUUGUAGUACUGCCAAAACUUCAGCGAUUUUAAGGCACGACAAUGGACGACUAUGGGCACAUUGGCAAUCAAUUGCUGGCUUCUUCUAACCGAACUAAAAUAGCGUCUGGCGUUUUUCUGCAAUGGCAGCAGUCCCUCCAUUUUGCACGAUAUCGAACUCUUACUACUACCACGACGGACACUGAUACCAAUACUACAACCACUACUUCACUGUUACUACUACUACUACUACUACUACUACUACUUCUACUACUUCACUGCUGCUAAUACUACUACCACUGCUAAUGCUACUACUACUACUACCACUACCACUAAUACUAAUAUUAUCACAACCAUUUCUACCAGUACUCCCACUACGUCUAAUACCAAUACAACCACUGCUGUUACUACUGCUCCCACUAUUACUACGACUACCAUUUUCUUCUCCUUAUAGUACUCAAGAGGCUACAAUCGUCACAUUAGUCUCUGCGAAUAACACGUAUGCAUUUCCUUAUAACCUCAAAACGACCUUGUUUGCAUGGAGUUGUUAUUUCCGGCAUGGGUUUGCCCCAACAUAUCUUUGGCGAUUUGGAGCACCAAAAUUCUUUCUUACGACAUUUCUGAGAAUAUUAUUCGCUGUACUCCUCCGGUAACAAACUACGCCAUCUCCGAAUUGUCGGCCUGAGGGUAGCUGUCAUUUGGCAUUAAAUAAGUUCUCUAUUUCCAAAUUGUUUUGAACUCCGCCUGCUAUUACACUCACAUGUGUAUUUACCAGACUAAAAGCUGUAAGUUAUCCCUAUAAGGAAGAAGAUAUAUUUCUACACGCUAUUAGGGCGUUAUCAUAGACAGCACAUGAAAUUUCAUAGUGGAUGAUGACCUAGUUGUCCACCUCAUAUGGACCAUUAAUGAAAGUACUAAUGUGAAGCUGUAUGAUUAGACAUUUAACGGUCCAGAAAAGUCUCAUAAUUAGAGUCUUUUUUAAACCGAACUGUAAACUUGAAUGAAAUAGAAUAGUUGACGCAGGCGUAAUGUGCUACCGAGUGAAUAGUAACAGGAAUAUAUUUUGCAUGUCUCUCAUAUUAUAUAUUUGAGUAUUUGAGGGCAUCGAAAAUGAACGUGAAAAAUUCACACUAAAUGUAGUCAUUAGAUCUGGAGUGCGGAUUUUGCAGAAGGCAAGAAGGGAGCUGGUUAAAAAUCAGGCAUUCUGGCGUGACUGAUACAACUUUGGACUAUGCUGCGCGAUAAUGAAUAUUACAAACCUACUUUGAUAAUUUUUUGACUCAGAAACCCAAUCCUGGUGUUCAGUUAAAAGUUCAUAGGGAUAGGGAAUUAAUGUGUGUCGAAUGCAUGUUGGCUUUAAGCGACUUUUCUUCAUAUAUGCUGUCUAACAUCUGUCAUUGUUAAUAUGCCCGAUCACAACUGACAUGACAGCGAGCCUGUAGUUCAAUAGUUAGGGCGUUGGACUUCUAAACAACAGGCUGUUCGUUCCAGCCUCGAGAUUUGGGCACAUCGGAACUCGGCGUGACUGGCUGAUGACAGUUAACAGGACAGAAAUGGCCACUACGGUCUCCCUUGUCUUUGUCGGUUAUGCUAUUCCGCCCAUAAUACGUGCUGACGUGAGGCUGUCCGUGGGGAUUGAGAGAGAAUGCCAGGCAGAACGGAACCUACCAUCGUGUCCUUAUAGUAAUCCCAUCGACAUACUUAUCCAUUUCAGGAAUAACAUUAACACAACCAAACCGAGAUUCUGUCAAGAAAGUCGGAUUUCAAACUGACUCACUGAUAUUAUUAAUGCUAUUCUCAUGGUAAAUUCAGUGCGCCAACAGCAUUGGGUCUUUUCUGGCGAUUGGAAAACCCUGCAACGGAAGACUGCUGGCACAUACACCGACAAUAGCUGGUUUUUGCUAACCACGGCCUAAUAACGUCUGGUGCAGGUCUCUGCAAUAAGAGCAGGGUCUCUCUUUUACAUGCCAUUGAACUCUUUCAGCAAUCCCAUCGACAUACUUAUCCAUUUCAGGGAUAACGAUAAUAUGACCAAUCUAUGAGUCUGUUUCAUAGCCCUCAUUAAAUUUGCAUUGCUGAUAAAAUUCAGUAUUCACAAUAUCAUCUUUCUAAGCUCUACAGAAUAUAAUAACCUUGUCCCACUUGCCACCUUCAUCCACAAUCUUCUUUAUAAGAAUGUACUAACUCGUCUGUGUAAUGCAAUGCCACACUACUGCUACUUCUACUACUACAACUACUACGACUACUACUCCUACUGCUACUGCCAAUAUUAGUACUAUUACUUCCACUAGUAGUACUAUUACUACUGGAACUCAGAUUUGUAAAUUUGAGUGCUAUGGGUUGAUGAUUUGAAGAAGAUGGACUCAUCGGAACGGGUUUAUUUAGAUGGUGACAUUUCGAAGAGCUUGGUCAGAUCUGCAUUGUCAAAGCGUAAAUUGCACUUAGUCGACCAGAAAGCCCAUUUCGCAUGCCACGUUGAUCGGCCUCGUGCUGAUCGAUUUUUCUCCUCUCGUUGCCAUCGCUUCUAGGAGGAUGGUUGACGGGCGUUUUGUCUGCGUGUUUCGUGAGUCACCGCUCAUUCGGGGGGAGGUGAUUGAACUUUUUGUCGGCUGAUCGUUCUGGCGGUUCUUGCUCUUCCUCACAAUGCAAACUCGCCGUUGGACUGUCUCCGUAUGACCUUCUUAAGUCCGGUGUGGUUGUUUGGUCCAGAGCCUUACGAUUGUGAUGACGUACGACUUUGUAAGCUGAAGGAAGGUCCAGACCCAUGUUGAUGGAGUGAGAAUCACACCUCGAAAGUUAGCCGUUCUGUUUCUGUGUUUCCACGGCCUAGGAUGGUAGCUCGCUGGAGAUCGAAUUUAUGCCCAGUUUCUUCAACGUGCGUUGCUAGUUGAGAGUUAGGUUCUAACCACCGAGAGGCCGAGUUGUGCUCUUGCAGGCGAGUCAGCAAUUACCAUCCAGAUUCUCCCACCUAGUGGCAGUGCUCCUCAUUACAAUUUAUUUUGUAGAUGACUGCUGGGGUUUCAGCGGGUGAAAAUUGGGUACUUAGGUUGCAUCAGACGGCGUCGAACUGUUGCCUGAGGUCGAUGGCCUAUGCCUACUCUGGCGGUUUGUAGUAGUCGACAGACUGCCUGAAAAUGUUCUCUACACUUACAGCGAGGUCUACUUUUUACACGCCAUCGUACUCCUACAGUGAUCACAUCGACAUACUUAUCCAUUUCAGAGAUAACGUAAACACUGUCGCGUGUUGCUUUAACUGAAAGUGUGGAUGUGUUUUUUCUACUCGAAUGUAUCCGUAUUAAUCGGUACAAUAUUUAAUCUCGCUAAGAUGUAUAAUUUACACAGCAAUGCCGGCUUUUAAGUCAGCUUACUCAUCAAGGCGAUCUUCUACUUACUCCUCCUCUAAAACUACUGCCAGUCGGCCAAACGUUGGACUCACCUAUGGGCAUGUUUGAUGUCGAGACCAAAUACAAACUGCAGCAUCCCAAUAUAGCUUUGAACAAUGGAAGGAAACGUGGUCCUUCGAGUUAGCCUCAAUGAGACACUGUUGGCGAUUUGAAGGCACUGCAAUGGACGACUGUUGGAACAUGAGCUGACAAUUGCUGGCUUCUGCUAACCGCACUAAAAUAACGCCUGAUGACGUUCUCUGUACUUCUGGCAGUGUCUCCAUUCUACAUGCCAUCGUAUUCUUACUACUAUUACUAUUAAUCCUAUGACUACUACUACUACUACUACGACUUCUACUACUACUACUACUACUACUACUACCACUACUACUACUUCUGCUACUGAUACCACUACGACUACCAGUACUGCUACUUUUGCUACUAAUUCUACUUCUCCCAUUACCACAACCAUUUCCUUCGCCUUGUAGUACUGAAGAAGCUACAUUCGACGCACCAGUCCCAGCGAAUAACACGUAUGAUUUUAAUGUUUGCUUUGGAAGAUUUUGAAUAAUUUAUCUUAUUUAACUGCGAAAAACGCGGCGACUCGAUAGGAUUCAAACCCAGAAGAGCAAGGGGAGGUUAUAAUACACUAGGGCACAACUUAAUAUGCCAUCGUUCCAUUUUCGGAAUAAUAUAUCAAUGUUAGCAAUUACAUCGACGUACUUAUGCAUUUCAGGGAUUAUGUUAACACUACCAAACCGUGAGUGUCCAAUUAGUCGGCUUUCAUACGGACUCACUGAUAUCAUAAAUAAUAACCUCAAGAUCAUUUUUUAAUUGAAUGAUAAAUAGAGAAUUUCGUCUAGUUUGUCUCGAUCAACCACGAUAUCCUUCUUACCAUAAUGCUUACUCGACCGUGCAGUGCAGUUUUAUUACUAACAUUAGCAUAGCCAGCACUACUACUACCACUGCUGCCACUAAGAAUUCGUCUGCGACUACUCCUAUUACAACUACAUCAAAUAAAUCUGUAUAUAUAUACAAUUCUACUGAGGCAUAUUCCAAUACCAUCACUGCUACAGCUACAAAUCUGCUGUAUUUUGCAGUGAUGAGGAGACAACGGCCAACAUCACAAUCACUGCGAAUAACACGUAUGCUUGUCCUAUUUUCUACCAAAUGGUCCUGUUUGCAAAGUGUUAUUCUUAUAGUAAUCGCAUCGACAUACAUAUACAUUUCAGGGAUACUGUUAACACAACCAAACCGUGAGUCUGUUCGAUAACUCGGCUUUCAAUCUGAUUCACUGGUAUCAUUAAUGUUAUUCUCAAGAUCGUUUUUAAAACGCAGAAGAAUAAAAGGAUAUUGUCUGGUUUGCUAAACUUAAUCACACUAUCCUUCCUAACAAAAUGCUUACACGUCAAAGCAGCUCACCGCUGCUGCCAACCGUACGAUAAUUACAAUUAUUACUGUCUCUACUACUAUUACUACAACAACUACUACUACCACUACUACUACUACUACCACUACUACUACUACUACUACUACCACUACUACUAAUACUACUACUACUACUACUACUACUACUACUACUACUACUACUAUAAAUGCUGCUCUAUGUUGUAAUGAUCAGCAGACAACAGCCAACAUCACAAUCACUGGGAAUAGCACGUAUGCAUCACUUCUUACUGCCAACUGGCCUUGUUUGUAGAAAGUUGCCCAUUCAGGCAUUUGUUCGCCCUAACACAUAAUCGGCCACUUUGAGCUCCAAAAUCUCAAGCAGAACUACUCCUGCCUUCUAACUUAGAGGCAACAGUCUUAGUGGUUUAGGGCAAGUUUCCCUGAAUCAUAAUAUGUGUAGCAAUUUAGGGGUCACAGAUGUGGGUAAGUAGCAAUUGAGGGUAUUUAAACAUUAUUCAUAAGAAUUCAUUCCUCUUUCAUUUCUGCAUCCUCUUGGAUGGCGACGAGGAUAAGCAAUUCUGGUACAUACACAUCAGGUUUAGCAGGGUUGUAAAAAGUAAAGACCGGUUGUAAUCCAAGGUGCAACCUGCGGGAAUUCUAGCCCAUCCUACGUCAGAAAUCUCCCUGUAACUACACAGGCCAGAGUGCGUGCCAAACACCGGCUGGCUGUGCGACGGAGCGAGGAAUGAUCGCAAAUUGGCUGUCACGCCUAUGUAAUGAGUCACUAGUUUGAUUUCGCAGACACCAAGACAACCGUUCUCACCGGAAACAAUAGAGUUAGAAACUUGAUUGAUACCUGAACCUACGAUGAUGACAACCUAGAUAACCGAUUUACCAACUUGACAUCACCUUCCAGAUUUCCGCGCAAUCAUCUUCAGUCUUGCGUCAUCCAGCGAUGGUUGGGUUAGAACUUAAUAUCACUAUCGCUCGUUCUGUUAUUGCUAUAAUGCCUGACAAUGGAAUGCUGCAGCAGUUGGAGAUCUCGGAACAAUAAGCAAACUGCUCCUGUGCUGGACCACUCUUCUACGCUACGUAUACAUACACAUGAAACUCGAAAUUCCGUCAGCAUUCAUGAAAUAUACGGGCCCGAUGCGCUUCAGACAGCCCGCCGUUGGGAGAUAUUCUCCACACCAGUGGCGGCAAUAUGCGCACAGCUUUCGCUUUCUGCGCAGAUGUCUCCAAGGCGAGCUGACUCCACAAUGGCUAAGAUAUAAGACUCCCUUAGAACUCGGCUGUGGACACAGACGUUGUGAGGUGGUUUGUCAAACAGAUGACAAGGGAUGAUCAACUGUUGAGAUGAACUGAGAAUACUGGAAGGGAAAAUCCAAAGCUCUUCUUCAUGGCAGAGAAUUUUACAGACGAUCAUUAAACUUCCAAGCCAGAGCAGUGACGGAUCGGCUAAAUAAAAUGCCUAAAUUAUAACGCCGAAAAGAUGGAAUAACAGAGAAUGAAUGACGGGAAAUGAGAACAACAGACACCGUUUUGCAAUAAUCAAGAGCCCUGGAGACCCAAACCCCAUGGAGAUGUCAGCGGCUGACUCACCGGUGAAGAACAUUUGUAAACUCACUAACGAAGUUGUGUGAAAUCUGCUAUGCAGUCCGAGGCGAUUUACAACAGCAAACUGGAGGAUAGGACACGUUAGUCCCGUCAUGUUCGCGAGCAGUUUAUGCUGAAUGGCUAUCCAAUGGCAUUUAGAAGUCGCUGCCUACGCAGUCGACCCCAGAGUACGCAUAAGCAUCACCACCCAGAAUAUGGCAUUCCAUUCCAUAUAUUAUGGUUAGUUUAGAAUCUACCGAGCGCAUCGCUAUGAAUCUAGGUGUUGGAAUUGCCCACCGGUCUAAACACAUCGCGAUUAGCAGGGUCGUGAAAAGUAAAGACCGGUUGCGAUCCAAGGUGCAACCUGGGGAAUUGCUAUCCCAUCUCACGCAACGUCAGCUGGCUGUUCGACGUGACGACGAAUCACUGCAUGUGGAUCUCUACAUCUACGACAUAUUUAACUAGAUUUACUUCGCAGAAAGAUGUGGCUUUUUAGCCCCACCUGAUGGACACAAUACUGUUGGGGUUAGUGUUAGGGGUUAUGGUUAGGGGUCGGGGUUAUGGUUAAUGUUAAAAGUUAGGGUUAGGGGUUAGGGCAACUAUUUUUCAAUCAUUGAAACUACAACCGCACGCUCCCAAUAGCUUUUCAUUUUGCAUACAACUACUUGACUACGUCCCCUGUGCGUUCCCCGGAUCCACCUAUAAUCACCCUAUUACCACCGGUCUCGUGUUGGAGAUGACAAGGUUUUGUUUACUUCAAGUGGGGCUACAAGACCACAUCUGGCCGACUUCGCAGUCAGCAGGAUAUUUGUCCACGUCGGAAACAAUAAAUUCCGAGAAAUGGUUGAAGCCUGGGUCUUGGGUGAGAAGUCUGAAAACAGUUUAUCGAUCGUGUGCCAUUAUAUAGAUCGCCGAGUAUUCAUAUUCCAUCUGCGUCAUCGAUUGAUGAUUGGUUAGAGCUAUAUAUUAUUGUCGUUCGCUCCGUUAUUACUAUUUUCUCUGAUUGUGGAUUCCUGCACAAGUUCGAACAAUAAGCUACUUGACCCCGUGCUGGACCCGUCUUCUAUUUUACCUACACAUGCACCCGGAACUCGAACUUCCACAUCAAUCCGUGAAAUACAUCGGCUGGAGUGCUAUGCCUAUCAACAUACUGGAAAGUGGGGUGCUGUAGAGCUUACACUUGCAGAUUACUGCUUGUUUGUUUUCAUUUGACGUGUUCUUUACCACAAAUUUUAUCAGGUCCUUCAUCUUGCUCCGAGCAGCCUUAUUGAAGUAGUCUGAUUACUUUCAGAGCCUGUGGGAAGUUUGUUUAUAUCUUAUGCUUGGAGUCAACUUGUUCCCAUGUUUCUGCAUUUAUUCCGAAUUCUGCCACUCCAAAACCCAACUCGGUCUACAUACCAACUCCUUCCUUCCCUCUCUUACCCGUCCUCUUAAGGCACGGAAAUGGUGCAAACGGGACGACGGACGCCGGAGACAAGUAUGACAUUGCUGCUGAUUUCGAAAUUCAAUUGAUAAAAACAUUUAGGAAUUUUCCAAUAGAAGCGAAGAGACUGGUUCCAAAAAGCAGUCGUGAAGAGGGAGGCACGAUCGCCGGACAAGAGAUUUAUUAGCCUGACGUUUCGGAUUCCUGCUAGGGUCCGUCACUAAAGACAACAACAGAUACGGGUAGUUCAUGCACAAGGGGCUGCAAUAUUUAUAGAAUGCGGUCACAAUGCUACCGUUUACCUAAGGAAAUUCACGCAUCUCCCCCUUCAUCAGAGAUUGCUGUACUUGGUGUGAUGAUUAUUCCCUGGCCGACAUUCAAGUCGUCAGCCGUUGCAGUUUCAUCACGUGUGUUGGAUGUUUGUGUGUGAUGAGUGCUGGACCAUCUGGCUCGCUGACCCUGACGCAGCGGACAUUGUUCGAUCUGUGCUGCCCCAUAGCUACUUACUUUGCCUAGGCUAAGUCUCCGCAUGGCAUAUGAAGGAGUGGGUCAUUGUACUUGUUAAUAGAUUGGGGGGCCAGUGAACCAUGACUCAAGCAAUACACGGCACACGCGAUUGUCACCUCUAACGAGAAUUCCGGCCUCGUCGAAUCAGCCAUAAGUUGAGAGCUGGCGUCAUUUCUCCUCACUGCUCCCGCAUGUUCGCCAUUCGCGUUUGGAACAGUCUUCCGGUUCCUCCGACGUAGUUGUUUUGCCCGUAAAUGCACCAGCUCAGAUGAACAACUCCCGAGGUGUCUUGCAGUGGUAGUUGUUGUCCCUGAUGAUAGGUUCGAGCAGGAAUACGAAACGUCAGGCAAAUAAAGCUCUGGUUCCAACGGUCGUAUCUCCUCCUUUCCGACUACUUCCUGGGACCCGUCUCUUCGAUUCUGUUGACGUUCAGUCAAGUUAAGUUUACUGCAUGAAGAUCAGCCACACUUUGGUGUCAAUUGUUAAACCAAAUGCGCAACUUUGGGAUGUAAACUGUUCUUCCUUUGCAGUGCAUUAUUUGUGAGUCAACUAGUGCUCCAUUUGGGGCGUAGAGAACCAACCAGAUCAGACACAGUCAGUUCGUGUGCACAAGGAUGUCCCUUCACGUGGGCGCGAAGACUAAUUGAGAUGCGGUUAGGAGGAGUAUGUAAAAUAUUAUUGGAAAUCGCGGGCGUGUGUUAACACAGGUUGCAUCUAAAGUGCACAGGAAGUAGCAAACCCUCGUGAAAGCGCAGCCUGCUUUUCACCGAUGCGCAAUAUUCUAUGGACACAGUUUCCCAUAAAGGUUGCACAAAAGGUGAGGCCUGACCGCAUUCCCCAUAGGAAAGAGGAUCACAGAUUGCGAGACACAUUGACAGUCAUGUGAGUCACACAAAACUGCAAGAGUCAUAUCUUCCCGACUUCACCUUCGCAUGCAUCUGGAAAGUGGCCCAGUUAUAUAGCAAUUUGUUGCCAUUGGUGAAUCAACUUACGGUUGUGAAGCAGAAGACACCAUCGUUGUCUCCUUCUUAACGACCGCUAGUGGAACUCUUUGCUUCUAUUGGCAACAUACGGUUCUUGUUUAUGCUCUUCAGAAUUGAAAGCUCCCUCAAGUAGUAGUUCUACCGGAAAGCAAGAGAACAGUUUAAUCUGCUAAGCUGGUUGGCUGCAGCACGAAUGGAUUCGGACUCCAGUCGCUUCAUUCAAUGAAAAUCCACCUCUAGAAUAUAUGCCAUCUGUCAUUUUGAGUUUUCAGGUGUGGUAAAAGUGCGACUACUGCGAACACAUGCGGAAUGCUCGCUUAGGUCGAAGUGCAGUUUGUUGACGAGGUUUGAAAAUUGGAGGUGCAUUCCUGGAAAUGAGCAUUCAUUUGUGGCCCAGACAUUGAGGCAUUUGUUAGCGAUAUCUAGCAGGCUCUAUCGAUGCAAUUCAUUACCGCCAGACUCACUACUGCCAUGUAGCUUAGAGGAAAGAGUCUUAUUGGUUUAGGGUAAGUUUCAUUGAAUUAAAAUAUGUCCAGCAAUUUAGAAGUCAGAUAUGUAAGUAGGUAGGAAAUGGGGAUAUUUAAUCAUUAACCAUGAGAAUUCAUUCCUCUUCCAAUUCUGCAUCCUAUUGGUGGAUAGCGACGGGAAUAAGCAAUUCCUCCAGUUUUGUGCUACGGGCUUGGCGGCUUGAAUUUGGGCGAGCUCUCUUCCUACACGCUGUCUAAAUCCAAGUUCAUCCAAUUCUAUAUCAUCUGAAUGAAUAGGAAGUGCUCUCCACCUGGAAGAUUUGAACACGUAGGUGAACGGUGGUACGCAGGCCAUCGUGGGUUGUGGACUAUUUGCCUCCCAGAAAAGAACAACACUGCUACUGUGAUAUUCUGCCUGAAGGCAUUUGUGGCCCUCCACCAGGGUAUGCUGAUUCGAAAGCGAGGUGGAAUUGCACAGUUUGCAGAAUGGGCAUGCUACGCUAUUAUUCGACUGAAGUUGACGGAAUGCAGGUGAGCAGGAUUGUACCGAAUAAUUCCUGCUUAGGCCACAUAUGAAUGGCUGAGGAGAUGAGUAGGCUUAAAUUGCCCAGUGCAUGCAUGUCCUUGGAGUAAGAAGUCUGAGUAUGUGGUGGGGGUUGGGGUUAGUGGAAGUGGAGCUUAGUUCCCUCAAACAUGAUAGCCCAACCGAAUCGCCACAAGGGAAAUUCAUUUCAGUUUUAUGUUCUUGGUCAGCUGGCUACCAUGUCGCGCAUUUAUUACGAAUUUUGUCAUUCAAAAGUACAACUUGAUCUUCACAUCAACUCUCUCCCUCCCUCGUUACUUCUAUUACUCGACCUCAUAAGUUGCGAAGAUGGUACGAACGGGACGGCGGACGCCGGAGACAAGUACGAUAUUGCUACUGAUUUCGAAAUUCAAUUGCUGAAAGGCGCCUAACAAUUGUAACUUGCAUGCCUUACUGUAGUACAUAACAAACUACUCUUCGCGGCAUUCACAUGUAAGGUCAACUGAACCAGAGGCCGCAUUUGUAGCAUGUAACACUGUAAGAUGUCCUGGUUUUACUGGACGAAAUGACAAGCCUUCUUCAAUACUUUACAUAUUUUUGCAACAAUCGAGAGCCCUGGAGACCCAAGCCCCAUGGAGAUGUCAGCGGCAGACUCGCGGGUGACAAACAUUCGUUGACUCAAUAACGAGGUUGCGUGAAAUCCGCUCUGCAGUCCGAUGUGGAUUUAUAGCAGCAAACUGGAGGAUAGGACACUUUAGUGCCGUCAUGUUCGCGGCCGCUUUAUGCUGAAUGGCUUUCCAAAGGCAUUUACAAGUUGUUGCCUUCGCAGUCGACCCAGAGGACUCAUAGGCAUCACCACCAAGAAUAUGGUACUCUAUGCCAUACAUUAUGGUCAUUUUAGAAUCUACCGAGCGCAUUGCUGUGAAACUAGGUGUUGGAAUUGCACACCGGUUUAUACGCAUCAUGUGUUGCAGGGUUGUGAAAAGUAAAGGCCGGUUGCGAUCCAAUGUGCGACAUGAGGAAUUAAUAUCCUAUCUCACGCAACGUCUGCUGGCUCUUUGACGUGACGAGGAAUCACUGCAUGUGGCUCUCUACAACUACGACAUAGUCCAAUAGUUUGGCUUCGCGGUAAGAUAUGGUUUGUUAGCCCCUCCUGAUGAAUAAAAUACUGUUGGGUUUAGGGUCGGGGGUUAUGGUUUGGGGUCAGAAUUAUGGUCAGUUUUAAAAGUUAGUGUUAGCGGUUAUAGCUAGGUGUUAGUGUUAGUGUUAGGGGUUAGGGCAACUAUUUCUCAACCAAUGAAAGUACAACCGUGCGCUCCCAAUAGCUUUUCUUUUGCAUUCAACUACCUGACCUCGUCCCCUGUGCGUCCCCUCAAGCCACCUGUAAAACCCUACUAUCACCGGUCCCUAUUACAGAUGACCGGUGUUCGUUUACUUCAAGUGAGGCUACAAAACCACAUGCGGCCGACUUCGCAGUCACCGGAAUAACUGUCCACGUCGGAAACGAUAAAUUCUGAGAAAUAGGUUGAAGCCUGGGUCUUGAGUGAAAAGUCAGCAAACAAUGUAUCUACCGUGCCCCGUUAUAUUGAUAGCCGCGCAUUCAUAUUCCAUUUGCGUCAUCGACUGAUGAUUGGUUAGAGCUAUAUAUUAUUGUCGUUUACUCUGUUAUUGUUAUUUUCUCUGAUUAUGGAAUCCUACACGAGUUCCCACAAUAAGCAAAUUGGUCCGGUGCUUGACCCGUCUUCUACUUCACCUACACAUGCAUCUGGAACUCGAAUUUUCACCUCAAUCUGUGAAAUACAUCGGCUGGAAUGCUAUACGUAUCAACAUACUGGAAAUUGUGGUGCUCUAGAGCUUGCACUUGCAGAUUAUUACUUGUUUGUUUUCAUUUGACGUGUUCUUUACCACAAAUUUCGUCAGAUCUUUCAUCUUUCUCCGAGCGGUCUUAUUUAAGUAGUCUGAUUACUUUCAGAGCCUGUAUGAUAUUUACUGACAUCUUGUAUUCGGAAUCAGCUUGCUCCCAUGUUUCUGCAUUUAUUACGAAUUCGGUCAUUCCAAAGCCCACCUUGGUCUGCAUGCAAACUCCUUCCUUCCCUCUUUUACCCGGUACUCAUAAGGCACGGAGAUGGUGCGAACGGGACGACGGACGCCGGAGACAAGUAUGACCUUGCUACUGAUUUCGAAAUUCAAUUGGUAAAAAAACAUUUAGGAAUUUUCCAAUAGAAGCUAUGAGACUGGUUCCAAGAAACAGUCGUGAACAGGAAGUCACGAUCGUCGGGACAAAAGAUUUAUUCGCCUGACGUUUCGGAUUCCUGCUAGAGCCCGUCACUAAAGACAAAAACAGAUGCGGGUAGUUUAUGCACACGGGGCUGUAAUAUUUAUAGAAUGCGCUCACCAUGCUACUGUAUACCUAAGGAAAUUCCCGCCUCCGUCCCCCUUCAUCAGAGAUUUUUGUACUUGGUGUGAUGAUUAUUCCGUGGCCGACAUUCAAGUCGUCAGCCGUUGCGAUUUCAUCACGUGUGUUGGAUGUUUGUGUGUGAUGAUUGCUGGACCAUCUGGCUCGUUGACCCUGGCGCAGCGGACAUUGUUCGCCUCUUUGCUGUUAGCAUAGUUACUUUUCCUAAUCCGAGUCUCAGCAUGGAAUAUGGAAGGAGCAGGUCAUUGUACUUGUUAAUAGAUUUAGGGUCAGUGAACCAUGAUUCAAGCAGCACACGGCUCACGCGUUUGUCACCUCUAAUGAGAAUUCCGGCCUCGUCGAAUGAGCCGCAAGUUGAGAGCUGCCGCAUAUUCGCCAUUGGCGUUCGAAGCAGUUUUCCGGUUCCUCCGACGUAGUUGCUUUGCCCGUAAAUGCAUCAGCUCCAAUGAACAACUCUCAAGGUUUCUUGCGGUGGUAUUUGUUGUCUCUGAUGAUAGGUUCGAGCAGGAAUACGAAAUGUCAGGCAAACAAAGGUCUGGUUCCAACGGUCGUAUCUCCUCCUUUCCGACUACUUCCUGGGACCCGUCUCUUCGAUUCUGUUGACGUUCAGUCAAGUUAAGUUUACUGCAUGAGGAUCAGCCACACUUUGGUGUCAAUUGUUAAACCAAAUGCGCAACUUUGGGAUGUAAACUGUUCUUCCUUUGCAGUGCAUUAUUUGUGAGUCAACUAGUGCUCCAUUUGGGGCGUAGAGAACCAACCAGAUCAGACACAGUCAGUUCGUGUGCACAAGGAUGUCCCUUCACGUGGGCGCAAAGACUAAUUGAGAUGCGGUUAGGAGGAGUAUGCAAAAUAUUAUUGGAAAUCGCGGGCGUGUGUUAACACAGGUUGCAUCUAAAGUGCACAGGAAGUAGCAAACCCUCGUAAAAGCGCAGCCUGCUUUUCACUGACGCGUAAUAUCCUAUGGACACACAGUUUCCCAUAAAGGUUGCACAAAAGGUGAGGUCUGACCAUAGGAAAGAGGAUCACAGAUUGCGAGGAACAUUGACAGUCAUGUAAGUCACACAAAACUGCAAGAGUCAUAUCUCCCCGACUUCAUCUUCGCAUGCAUCUGGAAAGUGGUCCAGUUAUAUGGCAAGUUAACGCCAUUGGUGAAUCAACUUACGGUUGUGAAGCAGGAGACACCAUCGCUGUCUCCUUCUUAACGACUACUACUGGAACUCGUCUCUUCGCUUCUAUUGGCAACAUACGGUUCUUGUUUAUGCUCUUCAGAAUUGAAAGCUCACUUAAGUAGUAGUUCUACCUGAAAGUAAAGAGAACAGUUUAAUCUGCUGAGCUGGUUGGCUGCGGCACGAAUGGAUUCGGACUCCUGUCGCUGCAUUCAGUGAAAAUCCACCUCUACAAUAUAUGCCAUCUGUCGUUUUUGGUUUUCAAGCGUGGUAAAAGUGCGACCGCAAUGAAGAUAAACGAAAUGCUCGCUUAGGUCGAUAUGCAGUUUAUUGACGAAGUUUGAAAAUUGGAGGUGCAUUCUUGGAAAUGAGCAGUUAUUUGUGGCCCAGACAUUGAGGCAUUUGUAACAAGCAAGAUAAAUGUGAUGCUGCAGGAGUCACUUCAGUCAACUCGCCAACGGAAGUUGCAUUGGAUAUUUUCGAUCAAAUUUCAGCAUGGAUGAAACUGCAAUUUAUCAGUUUAAGGGCUACAAAGAGUGACGUAUUGGAAAGUGGGAAGAUGUACAGUGUGUGACCGAUUUCAUGAAAUGUCGGCCAAAAUUCUGGAAUGAGUUUCCGAUUAGGAAGGAUUACUUAAGUGGGGUUGUUAUACUGAUUAUCUUGCAGCGUAACCCUAUAACAUUUCGGAAUUGCCAGGAUGUCGGCUUUUGAAUGUAUGUCUUUCUGACCUCCUGCAGAAACCACAGUCGGUAAAAUGACUACUUAACAUGCACAAAAAUAUGCAUUCUCCUGCUCAUUUGAUAGGAAAUCACAUUGUCUUCAUAUUUUAUGCCCAAAGAAAGUGUAUAUUUUGGUUUUAAACAAGUUUUUAAUUAUGAGAUUUUCAAGACCGUGCGAUAUCCAUGCAUGCCAGACCGCACAUGUCCGUUUACUAAUGCUCCUUGUAAAAUGCACAGCACAGUCCGGAUUCAUUGCAAAAUUUCACGAACUCUAUGUGGCAUCUUCUUAAAGGCGUAGAGGAAUAUAUAAUUUUCCAUACGCGGAAAACAUGCGCCUUGUAGACUGAAAUUGCUAAACGCUGGUACAAUGGCAGAUCAGGCUGGAAAUUAUUCGGGAAUUCGGAAACUUUUUUAAAAUUAAAAUAUGCACUUUCUUCGGGCAUAGAAUAUGAAGACAAUGUGAUUUCCUAUCAAAUGAGCAGGAGAAGGGAUAUUUUUGUGCAUGUUCUCCAUAAAAUAUAUUUAAAUCUAUAAGACCACCGAAAAUCAAUGGGAAAAAUGCAUGCUAGUUAAGUAGUCAUUUUUACCGACUGUGGUUUUUGCAGGAGGUCAAAAAGACAUGCAUUCAAAAGCCGACAUCCUGGCGAUUGCAAAAUGUUACAGGAUUAGGCUGCAUGAUAAUCAGUAUAACAACCCCACUUAAGUAAUCCUUCCUAAUCGGAAACGCAUUCCAGAAUUUUGGCCGACAUUUCAUGAGAUCGGCCACGCCUUGUGGCUCUUAUCCAAGCCUGUUUUCUUUCGACGUUUUCUUAGCAACCUUUUUUCUCAGAUCUUCCAUUUUCAUGUCCUUGUCCCUUGCACUUCCUAUGUGAAUGAGUGCCCGUCACGAAGGCUGCCUAACCACAUUCUGUUCAGUCUGUAUACAACCACAUCCUCUCAUAGACCUUAUCUGCAGUACCGUGUCACUUUAAAUUGCCUCGAAAUCUAGAAACUCUUGUCGUGCAUGCAAAGACAAUUUUAUAAAACCUCUCGCCAUGCUAAUCGGCAAGACUUUGUUGCUACCGAUGUGACUGCGAAGCCGGAUACAAAUUGUAGCGUCCAAAUACGACUUUGGAGAAUAGAGGAAAAUAUGGCCAUUCAAGCUCUCAUCAUUAGGGCAUUGUUGGCGUUUGGAAGGCACUGUAACGGACGAAUGAUGGCACAUCAGCUGACAUUUGCUUGUUUCUGCUAAUAACAUCUGAUGAUGUUCUCUGCACUCAAGGCAGGGUCUCCCUUUUUAAUGCACUAGUACUCUCACAGUAAUCACAUCGAUGGACUUAUCGAUUUCAGAGAUAAUGUAGACACGGCCACACCGUGAGUCUGUUUCAAAGCUCGACUUCCAGUCUGCAUCACUGAUUUCUUUAAUAUUAUCUGCAAGAUCAAUUUUUUAAUUGCAUCAGAAUCAGGAAAUUUUGUCUUGCCAGCCACAUUCAAUUACGUUCUUCUUUCUAGCAGUAUGCUUUCUCAUAAAUGCGAUAUGCCACUACUAAUUUUCUUUGUAGUGUUGAAGAGGCUUCAACCGACACGACAACCACCGCGAAUAACAGGUAUGCAUCUCCCACUUACUACGAAAUGGCCCUGUUUGUAGAAAGUUACAAAUUCCUUCUCCUUGUAGUACUGAACAGGCUACAACCGACACAACAGUCCCAGCGGAUAACACGUAUGCAUUUAAUGUUUGUUUUAGUAGAUUUUUAAUAACUCCUAUUUACGCAUUUGCGAAAAACGCGGUGUCUCGGUGGAAUUCAAACCCACGACAGCAAGCGGAAGCUUUAGUGCAGCCAACGCUCUAGCUGCCUGACCUAGGAGGCCCCACCGGACGUUUGGAAUCCACCAAAUCUGACACAGUAAGCUGACUGCCCAAGCAGGAUCACCGAAGUUGGUUUGAAUUCCGCCGAGGCGCUGACCUUUUCACAGUUGGGCAGUAUGGUCUGUGCAUCUCCUAAUAUCUACAAAAUGAUCUUGUUUGCGCGGGGUUGUAAUUUCCGGCAUGGGUUUGCCCCAACAUAUCAUUGGCGACUUGGAACACCAAAGUCCUUUGUUACGACAUUUCUGAGAAUAUUAUUCGCUGUAAUCCUUUGGUAGCAAACUGCGCCUUCUCCAAAUUGUCUGCCUGAAGGAAGCUGUCAUUUGGCUUCAAACAAGUUCUCCAAUUCCGAAUUAUUUUGAACCCCGCUUGCCAUUACACUCGCAUGCAUAUUUACCAGACUACAAGCUGUAUGUUUUCCCUGUGAGGAAGAAGAUGUAUUUCUACACGCUAUUAAGAUGUCAUAGUAGUAGUAGAUGAUCAUCGAGUUGUCCACUUCAUACGCACCAUUAAUGAAUGUGCUAAUGUGAUGCUGUAUGAUAGGACACUUCACGGUCCUGAAAAGUCACAUAAUUAGAGUCUUUUUUUAAAACCGAACGAUAAACUUGAAUUAAACAUAAUAUUUGAAGCAGGCGUAAUUUGCUACCAAAUGAAUACAAGCAGAAAUAUAUUUUGCAUGUUUACCACUAUAUAUAUGAAUAUUUGAGGGCACCGAAAAUCGACGUGGGAAAUUCACACUAACUAUAGUCAUUAGAUUUGGAGUGCGGAUUUCGCAGAAGACAAGAAGGGAGCUUGUGAAAGAGCAGGCAUUCUGGAUUAUGCUGCCCGAUGGACUACUGCACGUUUUCGGAUGGUUAGAAUUAUGGGCAAACACUUUCGUCACGCAACCAUUCUAAUCCUUGCUUAUACAUGAAACUUGAACCAGAUUUUUUGAUUUACUUCGGGAAUUUUCUCAGUCAGUAGGCCAUAGAAUAAACGUAUUUGGUGAUGUAAAAGAUGAACAACCCAUCUUUCUAAAUUCUUGCUCCUUUGCUUUUUAUCGAAGUGUUCGUCAGCACCUUUACAACCGUUUAAUCCGUCUGCAGUUUUGAGACACUCACGUUUCGGAUCUGAAGUAAAGACGAAAAGAAUGCUGCAUAAGGACAUUCUGUUCAGCCAGAGUACAAACAAAACCCCGGAGAAUGUCCGGGAGUAGAUUUAAAUUGCGCAGCCACAACGUGAUAUCGGGGGUGAAACUUAUUUCGGUCCAAAAUGCUAUUGUCGCCGAAAUGUCACAACUGACCCAACCUAGUUUCAUAUUCAGUGGAUCAUCUAGCAGCUAGGACAGUACAUCUGGGUGCUGACGACUAGUCAGGGAAUCUGACUAAAAGCCCAGUGUGCUGAGAGGCUUUGCCGCGAAAGCCGAUAUGCUGUCCUGCAUACUUUAAUCUGACAUUAUGCUUCGACCAGGCUCGCUUAUUUGUACGUUUCCUUUCAGGGUCUGUGUGGAAUUUGUUUUCACUUUGCGUUCUUAGUCAGCUUGCUUCCAUGGUUCGACAUUCAUUACGAAGUCUGUCAUUCAAAAGUCCAAGUUGAUCUGCACACCAACUCUCUUCCUUCCUCCCUCCUUCCCUCUCUUACUCGUCCUCUUAAGGCCCGGCGAUGGUGCGAACGGGACGACGGUUGCCGCCGAAAUGUAUGACAUUGUUACUGAUUUCGAAAUACAAUUGGUGAAAGAUGCUUAGAAAUUGUUAAUUAUAUGCCUUACUGUAUUAGAGAUGUGAAGUUUUCUACAUGAAAAUUUGGCACAUACUUGUGUGAAUGCUUAAACAUGCUUGUUGCUAUGUGAGGCUUUGAAAUGCUAGCUCUGCUACUGACUAUGUAGUCCGUUAUCUGCGAGUCGCUUCCCGAACGAAAAUUAAUGUUACCUCCCUACUUCAGAGACAUAAUUCAUCAGUUCGGUUAUAAGUUCAUAGGUCACAGGCACGUUGGGAUUUGGCGACCUUCCUUCAUACACGCUGUGUGCAGUCUGCCAUUGUUGAUAUACCCGAUCGCGAAUGACAGAGUUACGAACCCGUGCUCAAUGGCUAUGGCAUCUGACUUCUAACCAACAGGUCGCGGGUUCGAGCAUCGGGGGCUGUACCCCCUCCCCUUCCCGCCCCAGAAAAUAGUUGUGGCUGGCUGGUUGAUGACGAUCAAUAAGGCACCCGAAGCUGGAAAUUUCGUCCCCAUUCGUGAACUAUACGGGCCCGAUACGCUUCUUAAAGCUCGCAGCUGGAAGAUAUUCUCCAUACGAGAGGCGACAGUAUGCGAACAGCUUACAGUUUAUGCACAGAUGUCUCCAAGGCGAGCUGACUCCACAAUGGUUGAGAUAUAAGGCCCCCUUAGAACUCGGCUGUGAACAAAGACGUUGUGAGAUGGUUUUCCAAACAGAUGACCAGAGUUCUGAUCGACGACUGUCACCGACGUUUACAGAGAUACAAGGCUAAUAUCGAAAAAGUGGGAAGGCAAUGCGCCCGUAUUCUCGGUGAUUCUAUCGCCGAGGAUCUUGCGAAGACUAUCUCUGCUUUGGUGCAUCACAGACAAGCCCGAAGGAGAGAAGAUUUGGAACGGAAAUUCACCAAGUCAAAAGCGGCAGGCACGGUGUUCUCAAACUUUGUCCACAGCCUCGCGUCUAAGCGGUCAACAGAGCAUCAGCCACGGGUGCUACGACAUGAGACUCGUUUCCGCCAUGCAGAUGCCGAUCCUCUCGACUUCAUUGCAGCCCUACAGGCUUUCCUAGUGAGGACGGAAACUAUUCACAUCAAGAAACAUAUCAUCCAACAACGUUUGAACUUCAUUGUGAUGACGCACUCUGCAUUUCGCAGAGUGAGUCAAAAGCUAUGACGGAACGUACGAAGAAGGACAAGGUUACCAUUCUGUGUGCUGAGAAGGAAAGUUCAAAUGUGAUGAACCGACCAUAGUGACUAUAUUGAAAAAGCUAAAAACCCUCUUGAUAACAGAAAAUUUUACAGAGCAGCAUAAACCUCACAAGCCAGAGCAGUGGCGGGACUGCUGAAUAGACUUCCUAAACAAUAACGUCACAAAAAUGUAAUCACAGAACAUGAAUGGCGAGAAAUGAAAGCAACUGAUACCUCUCUACCUUGAUUCAAUAAGUUGUCAAAAAUCUAUCAGCUAACUGACCCACUGCAGCCAAUCGUUGCCCUAAUGAGUAGUACCCACCUAUAAGUAGGCAAAGUGGAUGUACUCAAAACCGAAGCGCCUCUAAACGAACUCGUCUACUUUAGUUCAAGCAACCGCUCAAUGCCUUAUAGAUCCCCGACCUCGGAUGAUUCAAUCAGACAUAGUCAUGGUCUCUUUUGAUGAAACGUCGUUAUUGCCAUACAUCCCACCAAACCUGGCAUACAAAGUCUUGUGCCAGAGACUCCAGGAGACAUUCGACGAGACUCAGAUUUCACUCAAAAUUGAGCAUCUCAUGAGGCUGAUUAAAUUCGGCCACAAAAAUCACUUCACUUUGCCGCAGCACCCUAUCUGCAGAUCACCUAUGUCGGUGUAGUGACAGAACUGGUCAAACAAGCUCUAGAAAACAUUGUCUUUGUCCAGCCUGGAUCGGCAUUUUGGCAAACAAUGCAUUUAUUAUCGUAAAGAAGGCUAUGUUAGGAAAUUUCCGAAACUUGCUCAACUCGGAUCACCAUCAUUACAAAAUGAAGUCUGAUGUUGUUCUCUGCACUCCUACUGGGGUCUUCCUUUCAUAUUCCGUCGUGCUCUCCUAACAAUCACAUCGACAUACUCAUCCAUUUUAGGGAUGACGUAAACACGAUCAAACCGUGAGUCUGUUUCAUUACUCAGAAUCCAAUCUGCAUCACCGAUGAAAUCCGCUAUUCUCAAUAUCAAUUUUUUAAGCGCUGCAAAAUAGAAGAAUCUUGUCCCGCUUUCCACAUUCUUCCACCUUCUUCUUUAUAACAAUAUGCUACUUCAUCAGCACAAUGCACUACAUCUAACUGUACUACUACUAAUACAAGUGCUACUCUUUCUUGUAGUGACGAGGGGACAACAGCCAACACCAUAAACACUGCGAAUAUCACGUAUGCAUCUCCUACUUUCUAUCAAAUGGCCUUGUUUGCAGAAAGUUGCUCAUUCCAGCAUCUGUUUGCCUAACACACAAUCGGUCACUUUGACCACCAAAAUCUCAUGCAAUAACUAGCAGGCCCUAUCGUCAGACUCACUUCUGCUAUCUAGCUUAGAGGCAAUAGUCUUAUUGCUUUAGGGCGUGUUUCACUGAAUAUUUAAACAUUAAUCACAAAUAUUCACCUCGUCACUGGUUCGUGCAUUGUGUUGCUAUGCUAUUUUGUUUCUAGUUCUGGACUCGAAAGUUGCAUGUAUCUUAAUGUAGGCAAUAAGUGUCAUUUUACCGAUGUGUAGAAUGUUAAUAGGAAACAGGUAUAAAAUGUUUAUUCGAGCCGGUAGCUAAUAUACGUAUGAGUAAUGUGAGCAGUAUGAGCGUGGCGUGCUUUGGUUUGGGUUUAUGUGCCAGACAACCUCAUGAAAUUAUUUUGUUUCCUUGUCAGCAUGAUCCAGUGCUGUGCAUUCAGUACAACCCUCGUUUCCUUACUUCCUUGGUUCUUUUCAUAUCAACUUUCUACUAUUCGCCCUCUGAAGGCCUAAAAUCGGUCUGACCGAGAUAACAAUACAAAUAUAAUAUUUCCACUGAAUUCGGAAUAGAAAAUAACAUAGAAAUGUAUGAAUUGCAAAUAUGUAUGUCGGCUUGCUUGUCUCCGUGGUUUCGGGCGGUACGUUCAACUGAACGACUGGCCUCCUUGGAAACACACGGUAUUGCAGGUGGCACUGGUUUUGAUCAGCAAAGUGUAAUGACUAAAGUUGGCUAAGGCUACCCUUCAAUUAUUGAACAGAGUUUUGCCAACUUUCGAGAGCUCCAAAAAUUGAAUGGCACAAAAUUGUCGGUUUUGUACUAAUAUGUUCGGGAAAGCCUAUCCUCAUAAUGUUUAGUGCUUGAUCCACUGGUAGUGAACCCGGUUUACGGGUUGCCUAAUGCGCAGAAAAUGCUUACUCAUUGCAAACCCAUGGUGCGUCCUUUCCUCGAUCGAAAUACUUUAUAAACACACUACUUCCUACAAAGUAUGUACUAGAAGCGUAGUUCGGCUGCCUCCUUUUCGAUAAGUGGGAAUGAAAGUAAAUAGGUAUACAUAUCCAAAUAACGUGAUUACAUUGGGAUUCUUGUUCGGGUCUCAUUAUCAUACUGAGCUUUGUGACCUCAAGCGUAUACUAUCAAGGUGCUGCGAUUAAUGAGUCAGCUUACGGUUGCGCUACCUACUCCUCAGAAUUACAAGUCCAUUCAAGUAAUAUCACCUUCUUGAAACCACUGAAAACAUCUAAGUCAAUCCUGCAAACGUCGUUACAUUUUUUAGACCUUAACUACUUUCACCAGUUUGAGGACAGUAGAUGGCAAUGUAUUAAAGAGCGAAAAAAAUUCAGACCUACUUUACGCAGCUUCGUUUAUUAUUUUUCCAAAUACGUAUUGACCCAACUACGAAAAACUCGGUGCCUCAGUGGGAUUCAAGAGCUGCCAAAACAUCUACCAAUUACGUGCGUCUAGUAGUCAUCUGUUGGAUUCUAGGUGUACAUACAACUUAGGAAAUCAUGCUUGGACAGUCAGCUUACUGUAUCAGAUUUGGUGGAUUUCCGACUUUGCUAUAGGUUGGGUGGGUAACUUGAUUCAAAGGUGAUGAAACUCACGUCUCCCGGGGGGAGGGCCUCGUAGCUCAGGUGGUUAGAGCGUUGGCUGCACUAAAGCCUUCCCCUCUCUGUCCUGGGUGCAAAUUCCACCGAGGCGCCGAUUAUUUCACAGAUGGGUAAAUGUGAACUAUUCGAAAUCUGGCAAAACAUCUACAAAUAUAAAUAUUCAAAUCGGUACGUGUCUGUGGGGGGUGAAAGAAAAUCUGGCCAUCGAUUUCCCCUUCCCAUGGCAUUGCUGGUGAUAGAGGAACGCUUCGGUAGACUCACAUUAGGUUUGUUGGCAUUUCUCGCUGACUAAGGGUACGCUAACGACGUUUGUUUUCUUCAACUCGGACCAAACACAAUUGGUUCUAUCCAUUGGAUUCGAUGUGUAACCACUUAUCGUAUAAUAAACUCUGCUCCUCAAGUAAUUUUUCUACGAUUCCUACUUUCAGAGAUAUGCCGAAGGCCACGACGGAAACAACCACCACUAAAAAGCCGUAUGAAAUUCUAUCUCUAUUUUUAUGUUACAUACAUCCCACGUUGGGUUUGCAUGAGCACACCUCACAUACGCUAAAAAAAUUACUUUCACUCUUUUUUAUUUAAUCCAAAUAAACAUGACAGUCCUUUCUACGUGGACGAUUUCACUAUCUGAGUUAAUUACGAGACUCGGGUCAACGUGAGUUACUUAGAUUUGUAAAAAGGCAGUACUCCAACCUCUGGCACAUUGACUUUCUGGGUACCUCCAAGGUCAUUCAAUAGAAUACGAUCUUUUGCAGCGAAAGGGGCGUUACACGAUGCCAAUUGAGGUUCGGAGAAGCUUAUUAGAGUGGGAAGAACAGUUUGUUUCCAUCAAAAUCCUAGUUUGAGAAAUGAUAUACACUAGACCCACUUACAAUGGAUCCACUAACGGUUAGGACAUAGUGCUUGGACGCUGACGGUCAUUCAUUUCGGAGAAUACAAAUAAGAACACAAUGUGCUCCGUGGCUCAAAGUGUGUGUUGGAGGGAAAAAAGCCUACCUGUCGAAUUCUUCACUAAUGGUUCGUAGAAAAUAUUAUCAGAGAUAACUUACACACAAUGGCAGCACUAGGCUUCAGCAAUCUGGCUAGAUCAAAUUCAAAUGGAAUCGUCGGUUAAACCCUGCGCAGUGUCCCCACCGUCCGUCUAUGUCUACUGCCUUCGCCACAGUUCUCAAAAGAAUUUCAGAAGUUUUUGAUACUGGAUGAUGUAUUCCAGUGAAAGAGGGGUUUAAAGAUAAACUAAUUUCACCAGUUGGAAGACUAUGGAAGGCUGCUUAACAUACUGUUGAUGUGCUAACUCGUGAAAUGUCAACCAAAAUUUCGAAAUGCGUUCUCGCUUCGAAAAGAUAAAUUAAAUAAUGUUGUAAAAUUAAUCAUGAUGCAGCAUAAAUCAAUAAGGAUCCAGUUACCUCAGGGUGUUGGCUUUCGAAAGAAUUUAUUUUCGGUUGCAUGCAAGAUCUCUACUCUGCAAAAAAUGACUACUUAAGUAGUAUGCAACUUUCUCAUUUAUCUUCGAUAUCCUUGAAAAUUCAAUUAUAUUUCAUGAAAAACAUGAAUAAAAAUAUUCAUUAUUUUACUUAUUCGGUAGAAAAUCACGUGUUUUUCCAAUUUCAUACUCAAAAGAAGAGUAUACUUCGAUUUUAAAAAAGUUUAUAAUUGUAAGAUUUUUUAAUACCGUUAAAUGGCCGUUCAUGAAACGUCAUGUAUCUGCAUUUACGAAUGUGGCUUGUAAAGUUAACAAUAUUGCUCAAAUCCAAUGCUUAAUUUUAUGAAACUCAUAUAGUCUCUCCUUAACACCGUAGAGAAAUGCACGGUUUACCGUAAACGGAAAAUAUACAGCUUGUAGUUUUGAAACCCUGAAUGCAAGUGUCACAGCAGGUCGGGUUCAAAAUUAUUCGGAAUUUAAAAAAGUUUUUUAAAACCAAAUUAUACUCUCCUUUUGAGUAUGAACUUGGAAGAAGGCGUGAUUUUCUACCGAAUGAGUUUGGAAUCUAGAGAAACUUAAUCUUUUAAAAAAACAACUUUAGUGUGACUUUACUACUGUCUAACCGCAUACAUUAUAUUGCGGAUACAUAUAUAAACUGUGAAAUCCGCAUGUGGAUUUGGACGGUGAAAGGGAGCAUGGCCAUUGGAUUGCGUUCUCUUGAUACAUUGUUGGCGAUUGCAAGACGCCACGGCAGACUCAUGUUAGUUUCGUUUUCAAUAAAGUUUGGCCGCUUGCACGCCAGCUACCUGUGUUCUUGCUAAUCGGGCCAAAAGCAUUUAAACCUACUCCUCCCUUUAGUCACAAGAUCUCUUUUUUGAAAAUGCACUCCGCUAUUCAAGCAAUCUUACUUUGGUUCCCAAUUUCAGAGAUGACGAGACCACGACAAAGGCAACAACAACAACUACAUAUCCGUAUGUAAUUCGGUCUUAAAUCAAGAUGAAUUUCCGUGACAGAAGUUUGCACAUGUCGUUUUGUGUUUGCGUAAACUUAUUAGGUGAUUGCAGAUUACUUAAGACCUCUAGAACUGAAGACAAUUGCGAAGUGCAAGGACGACCUAUUGGCGAGCUUACCAACUGCCAGUACCAAUCACGCCGCGUAACUGAAGGAAUAACACCCCUUAGUUCAGAGUCAUUUUCAUUAACAUAAAAGUCUUUCGAGGGACAUGAACUAAAACUUUAGUUAGGAUUAAAAUGUAAACAUUACAAGUGUGUUCAGUCAGUCAUUUCUAACGCCUCGCACAUUCCGCUUUAUCAGGUUCUCCUCUACUACUGCAAGUGGGUAAGUCCGCUACGGACGCUUCUUUGUUGUCUGCAGGUCUGAGUUCAUACAAACAUCCAUCACAUGCGAUGUCACAGAGAGGUUUGUUCACUCCUGCCUGCACUAAAUAAAUAAGCAAUCUCUUGGUUGUGAAACGGCACAUCAUUUUGACGGAAGGGAGGAUCAGAUGUGGUUACGUAGCCCCACCAGAAGUAAACAAAUCCCAGUCACAUGUAAUACGUGUCCGGUGCUAAAAGGGCUUUUUGCAGGUGGGGCCGGGGAGCGCACGGACGACAAGGUAUAGUAGAUGUACGCAAAAGAAUAGCUAUUGGGAACGUAUGGUUGUACUUUGAGUGGUUAAGAAAUAGUGGCUCUAACUCCUAAAUCUGGUCCCUAACCCUAGUCCAUAUUCUCAAAACGCGACCCCAAAAGUAUCGUGUCCAUCAGGUGGGACCACGUAAGUACAUCUUACGGACGGAUGUAAAAUCGUACAGUUAGACGGCGUCUGACCUGCACACUGUCCAGCGACGUCUACUUCCAACAAAAAGAAAGUGACGUACUUCGAUAGAUGGGCAUUUAGACGGCUUUGAAGUGCAAAACUCUGUCAGAAGUUCGUAACAAGACAACGAAUGCGUAAAAUGGCAGUUUAUUUUUCCAUAAACUACCGAGUAUUACCAAACCGGACGCACCAUAGUUCCGUCUAAGAUGAGAAGUCGCUCUAACAACUGACGACUUAGGUGCUGAUGAUUAUUGGCUCCUACAAACCGGACUGCAAUGUCUGCUGCCAUUCAUUGCAGGGUCUUUACGCUGUAUACCACCGCACUCUCAUGGUAAAUCGAUUUUCUUAUCUAUUUCAGUGAUGAUAAAAAGGAUACCGAGCCGUGAGUAUUUUUAUUCAGCUCAGCGUUCUGUUUCCAACUUUGCUGACUUCUGCCUCAAAUUCACAUUCUUUUAAAACAACUUGUCAUUAAUCUAUUUACUUUUGCGUUGCCGUGUUUGUCAUUGUCUCUAUACGAUGCCUUUGUCAUCACCCUUUAUUAAUCGAUUUAAUUUCAAAGCCUUCGAAGAACCCAGAACCGCAUUUGUGAACAUUUUGCUGUCCCACUUCCCAUUGUUCGUCCACUGCAUUUAAACAUCUCAUUUUGUACAAGUUUCUUCGUUGGAAUUUCAAUUUUAUACAUUAGCAAUUCUGAAGAGUACUAGCCAUUUCACUGGUAAACUAUUUGUGCUAACUUCCAAAAAUUUAUCGCAAGGGACGUAAGUGGUUGCAUAAUUUCGGCUUUGGCGUGCAUUCUUUGAUUUUUAGUGAUAAAAUUUGGACUAGUGCUGAGUCGUGCUUACAGAGUUCGUCUUAUUAAAUGAAGUUGCUUUAGUAUAUUAAACCAAAGGAAAAGUCUAUGAUCCGAGCAUAUCCCUUAAUCUAGUUUUCGAUUACACUUCGUCACUCCGCGGACAAUAUAUCAAUAUUCUGAAAUAUAAAUUGCAGUUAUACCCUUAAGAGUAUCGAACAUAGAGUCUUGUAACUAUUGGCGAAUAUGGUUUUAAAUAUUUCGAACAUUAACAACAAAUUUCGGAUCUAUUCAUUAGUAUCAUAUCGAAGAUCAUCCGCAAACAAGCUAAAUACCCUGAACCAUAUUUCUUUUAGUUCGACUGAAUGACAGUUAAAUUGCCUGCCAAUAAACCUUUGCUGCUUGAUACUUCUGGCUUGACUUAGUACUCAAACAGAGCUUUCCGAUGAACCGGAAUACUUCCGCCCAGAAAACUGGUUUAAAUAUCGUGUUAGACACAAUUUUUGGCAUUUUUUCAACAACGCAUCAUUAAGAACGUACUGAUGACCAAAUGUGGGUUAUUUUUGAAAUGGAAUGUGACACCUCAUACUGCUCUUACUUUCAGACCUCCACCAGAACCGUACGUUCACUGUCCGUUCACAGAUCCCACUUUUGCUUCGGCAGAAAUUAAGCAUGUUUCAAAACAAUUUUGUAGAAUAAACAUUUGUCUGACUUUGAGAAAAUUAUGUGCGGAUCGUUAUCAGCGUGAACCUUUCCGCACUAAAUUGACACGCAGCUGUUCGUUAUACCGUAGGUUACACUUAAAGUUGUCCAUCAUUAGCUUAUAUAAACCAAAAACUUGAAAGUGCAGGGUCUAAAAGACGAAGAAAGCGAUCGUAUACGUUGAUAAAUUAUCAACACCUCUAAAAUACAAUCUAAAUAAAGAAUCGUUUCCGUAGUCCAUCAUAAGGACGUUAGGUUGGACCAUAAUACAGGUUUACUUUGCUCCCACUUGCAGUUGUUUCAACUGAACUAUAACCGUUCACUUACUAAGUACUCCAUGCUGUUCCUUCUCGUUUGGAAACAAGACGGGCGGGAAUUCAGUCUUUUGGAGGAAAAGGCUAACGCCAGUCAACCCUCCGACAGGAUGCACGUUCAACUCAGUCAUAUGUCCAUCUUUCUUUUUAGAGUCGUCAACGAGUGGUAUUUGAGUUUUAUUACAAGCGCAAACGUCAGGUUAGUAAAAUGAACGUACUCUAUCAACUAUAAUUUUCGUAUAUUUCAAUAAUUUUUGGAAGUAAAGAGCGAGAUCCUUGGGACUGAUAUAAUCCGCAGUGUAGGAUGUUAAUUUUAUAUAAACGAGUCUAUAAGACAUCAAAGUAAACAGAUUACUGGCAUGUCUCACAGUAACAGUUGGCUAUUAUCCUCUAAAGAUUUCGUUAUUAACGUACGCUGGUAUUAAGGAGCAUAUAUGAUCAGCCAAUUAUGUCCUUAGGAAUAUCAAUUACACAGUUCUAAAUACUGUGCCAAAGAGACUGUUCCACUUCUCAGCCUCAUAAUUAGUGAAAAAAGUCGCCCGGUGAUUUAACAGGAUCUUUCAUGCACAGACUUAUUAGAUGUCUGCGGAAAUGAGGCAGAUGAUGCCACUCGAGCAAACCGUCCAAUCGGAAUCGUUUGUCUGACUAUUGUUUCAAGGACAAGAAGGAGAUGAAUGCAUCUUUUUGAUGUAAUGAAUACAAUAUCUGCCGAAGUUGCAAAUAUACUGUAAUUUAGAGGAUUGUCUGUUUGCACUCGCUUUAAAAGAAGGGAUUCGGGAAAUUUCAAAAUAAUUGCAUUGUAUUCACUUAUAAUGUCAAUGAUAGGACUCGACUGGUUGGUCGGUUAAAGGUCAGACAUCGUCAAAAACUAAGCUAAAUACUACCGUAGGUGGGCUAUCUCAUGAACUGUCAACCGAAAUUCCGAAAUGCAUUUUCGUUUCGAAAAGAUUUAUCAAGUAGUGUUGCAAAACUAGUCAGCCUCCAACAUAGUUCUAUAAUAUUUUCGUUAUCUCAGGAUGCCGGCAUUCGAAUGAACUUCCUUCCGGCUGCAUGCCAAAACUAUACUCUGUAAUAACUGACUACAUAUGUUGCAUGAAUUUUUCUCAUCGAUUUUCGAUGCCCAUAAAUGUCUAAUUAUAUUUCAUGGAACACGUGCAUAAAAAUAUUCAUUCUUUUGCUUAUUCGGUAGAAAAUGACGUCUUCUUUUAAUUUUAUAUUCAAAGGAGGGACAUAAUUUGUUUUUAAAAAGGUUUUCAAAUUCCCGAAUAAUUUUGCACCCGCUCCAUCGUCACACUUCGAUUCAAGGUUGCCAAUUUACAAGCCGUAUAUUUUGCGCGUAUGGAAAACCACACACUUCUCCAAGGCAAUAAAGGGGGGCCAUAUAGGGUUCAUGAAAUUAAGCAGCGGAUUUGAUCCAUAUUGUUAUCUUUACAAGUCACAUUGGUAAAUGCAGAGAUAUGACGAUUUGUGAACGGCCAUUUCACAGUAUUUAGAAGUCCCACAAUUAUAAACUUUUUAAAAAACGAAUUUUGUCCUUCCAUCGAGCAUAAAAUUAGAAGAAGACCUAAUUAUAUACCGAAUAAGAAGAAGAAUGAAUAUUUUUACUCAUGUUUUCCGUGUAAUAUAAUUGGACAUUUAGAGGCACCAAUAUUAAUGAAAAAAGUUCAUGCUGCAUAACGAGUCAUUUUUUACAGAGUGUAGUUUUUUCAUGCAGCCAGAAGGAAGUUCAUUCCAAAGCCGACGUUUUGAGGUAACGGAAUUAUUACAGAAUUGUGCUUCACGAUGAUAAAUUUAACAACCCUAGCUAAUUAAUUUUCUCGAAACGAAAACGCGUUUCGAAAUUUUAGUUGGCAUUUCAUGAGUUAGCCCACCUACUUUAGGUCAUGUAAAGAUCCUUUCUGAUGGCUGAGAUAAAAAAGCCCAAAUUUGGUCACUUGUCUGUCUAAGAGUGGCAUCAUUGGUCAAACUAAAAUGACAAAUAUAAAGGCUCGACGAAGACGCAUAGAUCUACUGCCCGGAUGUGCUGUAACAACAAUGCUAGAAAAUGGAGGGAAAGGCGUAAGCAAUGGUUUCUGAUAAAAUACGCACUCCGCCUGAAAAUUAAACAACUUUGGCUCAAUUUCUAUUUUUUGACAAAGGUUUCAUUUACAGGUUGUUGAAAGCCUAUGUGCGGGUUUUUUUCGCGGGCUAAAGACUAAGCAUGUCACUCUUUGCCUACCUACUCCUCAACUAGUUGAAUUAAUGGUUCUAGUGAAGGAAGAUUAAGCGGCGAAAAGUAAACGAAUUUUUUACGCAGCCGUCCACCUUCCAACAACUCUGUCAAUUUUUAAUCCAUAAAAAUGACGGAGGACUGAGUGCAAGGUAAGUGAAAUCGCAAGAACGUUCUGGCUAAUAAACUCCCAUACUGUCUUUGUGUUUUAGCGAAUACGAAUUGGAUGAACUUCUUUACGACUAUUUACAAACCAAGGGUGGAAAAAAGACGUGAGUGGAAAACUUGUUUGAUACUUCGCGGCAAACGCGUUGGGCAAAGGAUUAUGGACACCCCUUAGUACAGCUGACCUUACUAAAAAGUUCAGGAAUAUUAAGACCUGGGUCAGUGCUGAGAUAAGGAGAACGAUCAUUAGAGCUGGGAGGGUUUAUGUUAGGAUUGAAGUCAAGGUUCAGAUAAGGGUUAAGGUUAGGCCAAGGGAAUAAAUACCCCAUGGAAUUUAGCGCGAGGCUACCUGUUGUGCGGAGAUCCGACCAGUAAAACUCUCUUGAUAAAAUGUCUGAGUGCGGGUAAGAGAUAAGGACAAAGGCGGAAGAGAUUGAGAAGAAGAAAGUGCGGUUGCUGGAAAAAGAACUUUAUUUGUUUGACGUUUUGAUUUCACGGUCGAACCCAUAAUCGAAAACGGUGUCAGAUACCGGUACAUCGUGCACAAGAAUUUGAGUAUUUAUAGGAUUCAGUUGUCCAACUGCUGCAUGCCUUUGGCAACUAAUGGCUCCCCCUUUCGUCGCUGAUUAAUUGUCCUUGAUGCGCUUACUGCAUAACGAUCGGAAUGCAAGUCGUUAAUUGCUGAAAUGUCAUCAGCCGUGUUGCAUAUGUUGGCGUGACGAUAGCUCGGCCACUUGGCUCAUCGACCUGCGCGCCCCCAAGGGGCUAAUUAAUUUGGUUAAAUAAAUUUCAGCACUGAAUAUGGCGUGGGAUGUCAGUGCACUUCUUAAUAGACCAGGAUACCAUAAGUCAUGACUGAGGCAACUCGCAGCUCACGCGAGUGUCACCUCUCUCGAGAAUUUUGACCUUAUCGAACUUGAAUAUGUGGCCGGGUCUCGUCGAAUGGCCGGCGACUUGCGAGUUGACGUCAUUUCUCUAUAGUGCUACCACGUGUUCGGCGAUCCGCGUCCGGAGCAAUUUUCCAAAUUCUCCGAUGCAUUUUAUUUGCCCGCAACUGUAUCAGACUCGCUGAAUAAUCUCAGAGGUUUCUGGCCGUGUAAGUGCGUCAUUUGCUAUUAUUGUCUGGCGUCUAAUGGUUGCUUAUGGCCUGUGUGAAACUCCAAGUCCAUGUGGUGCGAGAAAGCGACUGACGGCCUCCGGAACAUUUUUUACGUAAAGGGACUGUGAUGACCAUGUCUGGUUUGUUAUCCUUCGUCAACCAGACAUAUCCACCCUCAGGUCUGGAUGACCAGGGAUUCUAACCCAGGUUCUUCGGUUACUGGACGUAGAGUAGUCCAAUGUUCUGUCACUGAAUCGCCGACCAUUUUUCCCGUUGGUUGGGGCUGGGAAUAUUCAGUAUAAUAGAAAGGGCAUCAAUCGGAUUGCUGUAGGUAUAGAGGGCGCAGCACAAGUAGGAGAUCAGGUCUGCACAAGUUUGAGCGCCGCGGUAUUCGACUGCCCCACUUUUCUCCAGUGUAGACGCCUGAACAAAAUGUCCUCUUUGGUUGACUGGCUGCAAUACGUAAAAGUGGAGAUCAGGUUUCAUUCAUUCUCAUAUCAGCAUUUCUUUCUGCAAAAGACCUGAAACGUAAAUCAUUUACAAAACUGGCUCUGGUACCCAUAAAAUUUCCGAGUAUUCAGUUUAGAUGCAAAAGCCUUUGUGAACAGUCAGCAGAACAUUUUGACCAAAAAGAGCACAAAAACUAUAUCCAAUUCAUUUGCUUUUUGCUAUGAUCUACAAAAUAUUUUCGCAUAUUUAUACUGGCAUUAUCUGUCGCCUUUAUUCUUGGCAUAUAUGGGUCAAAUUUUAGAAUUUUUGAAAAUUGGCACUGGUCCAGUUAGAAAUUUUUAAGCGACAUAAUUUCCGGAAAUUUGUCUGAAUAGUUUGUUUUUAGAGACAAAUUAAAAAAAUCUGAACAGUUCAGACGUCUACAAAAGUAUUUAAAUUUUUAACUUACAAGUACUUCAGUGUUUGGCUCAUGAUAAUGCUGGUUAUUCAUGACCCUGAAUAUCAUAGAAAAUAUAUGAUGAACAGAUCCCAACCCAGAUACACAAGUGUGGCAAACAGGUCGUUCAUAUUAUAAUAAGAUCAUGUGCAACCUGUAAUUGUCAGUUGUGCAGCAUUUCUUUCCAAUAAUAAUGAAAUUCUACCUCUCAAUGGUUUAACUGUGUUCAAAAAACAGUUUAACCGAUUUGUGUUUACUAUGACAGAUUCAACGUACAUUGCAAUUCUCACAAGCAUUUACACAGGCAUCAUACUAUUUCAAUACCAGUUGUAUAUAAAGAUAAACGGGAAGUCUUCCUAAUCCACGCAAUAUGAUCUUAAGAAUUGUUCAUAUUGACUCAACUGUGAAAAACUCGGCGCCUCGGUGGGAUUCGAACCCACGCAGUAAGGGUAAGGCUUUAGUACAACCAGUUCGAAUCCCACCGAGGCUCCGAGUUUUUCACAUUUUGUUUAAUAUGAAUUAUUCAAAAUCUGCCAAAACAUCUAUGGAUUACGUAAGCCUGUAGUCAUCUGGUGGAUUCUAGGUGAAUUACUUAGGAAAUCCUGCCUGGACAGUCAACUUACUGUAUCAGAUUUGGUGGAUUCCAGACGUUGCAGAGGGCUGGGUGGGUAACUUGACCCAAAUGUGAUUAAACUCGCGUCGUCCGGUGGGACCUCGUAGCUCAAGUGGUUAGAGCGUUGGCUGUACUAAAGCCUUCCAUUUACUGCGUGAGUUCGAAUCCCACCGAGGCGCCGAGUUUUCCACAGUUGGGUCAAUAUGAAUUAUUUAAAGUCUGCCAAAAUAUCUAUGACUUACGAAUUGUGCAAGCAAGAUCUUCCGUUUUUCAAGCUAUUUACUCAAGUUCGUCAUUCUGAUCGGUACUUUUCUUUUGACAUGCUUAUAGUAUCUUAUGAAGUCUCAUUUGCUUCUUGGAAAAGAUAAUUUCAAAUGUGGGAUGGUGCACUUUGGAGAUUUUGGUCUGAUUGACGUAGAUAACGUUCAUCGGAUGUUUAAUGGAUCCGGUAAUACUUCAAAACUUCGCAGUAUUCAUAUUUUCUGAAGUGUUUAUUGAACCAAAUAGUUGAUUGUCAAUUUUCCGAAGAGGUUGUCAAUGUUGGUGCCCCAUUCCAAAUCCGCUUUUGAAACUGCACCCUUUACGAUAAUUUGAGAUAACGCUAUAUUUUUCGACCUUGUGACCUUCAUGAGGGCAUUGUCUUUAAAGACCACCAAAGGAUUUCCGCCAAAUUGCAUCUAAAUUUCGACACUGCAACUUCCGCUAUCACCAUCAACUAUGAUUUCCUCUAUCUUCUAAAAAAAUUAACCGUCAGAAACACUGGGCACAUAUUACGAAUCCUCAGUAAAUUCAGGUCGCUGUAGGAAACAUGCCAUUUCAUAUUCUUACAAGGGAGUCAGAUUUGUUUACAACCGUACCGCUUUCUUUAAGCCAUUUUAUUCUUGUCUAUGCCUUAUUUACAGCCUUGAGUUAGCAAAGCCUCUGCUAUACAAUCUUUUGGAAGGGUUACUCUUUCCGUCCGAGGACGAGAGCAAGGACGACAAAGGAGGGUAGGUUGGUGAGAAAGUUUUUUGCUGUGGGAGUCGAUAACUGGGGGGAUUUGGGAGGGUAUAUAUUAAAGUAACUGGAAGGAAAGUCACGGGGGCUUUCGAGUUCAGUAAUUGUUCUUUUGCUCCAAGUGCCUUGGAAGUGAACGUUCUCGUCUCAGACGUGAUCCUGCAUGCCAUCUUACUGAAGUUACCGGUCAGGUAGUAGAGCAACGAUUACUUAUUAGGCAGAAUUUUGCGAGAUAAUCUGCUCCGCAUUGACAUCUGGAGAUUACGAUCAAGAACAGCAUGCGUUUGUACGAUGGCACAUGACUUGUUCCUUUUCUAGAUUAUUUUAAAUUAAAAGCGCACUGGUGUUGAUUAUGAAUUUCACAUUGUCGUUUUGUGACUGCUGCCCUCAAAUUUAAACAUAAAUUGAAAUAAGAAGAUGAACAAACGAUCUGUGGGAUAGUAGGUUUAUUAGUCUGAAUUUUCUGUCUCGUACAGGUGGCCAUCGUCAGAGACUGUGAGAAUGCAGCAUCAAAUCUUCUACGUUUGCUGUUAUCUGCAAACAAAAAUGUCCGAUAAGCCUGUUGUUUCAAUACAUGUUCGCACAUAAGUCAACUAUUUAGUUAUGCGCAUUGAAUAGUUAGAGUGGUCUGUCGUACGUGACGCAGACCAUGAUUGAUAUGAGAGCAGGGAGAAUUCGCAUACAUAUCAAGAUCUUGUGGGCCCACAGUAAGGAAAUAUCGCGCAGAUGCGACCUCGACUCCUCUUCCGACUUCCAGCGUGCUUCAGUAACGGAAGUAUGAAAAAACUCCGGAAGUGGAAUUGAGCAAGUCUACUCGAUCUAUCGCGUCAAAAUACGAUUUCAGUUAACGUCGACGGAGGGAUCAGACCUGACUGAGGUUGAUAAGGGCGGUUGACAGAAUCCAUACAUACCAUGGGAUAACUGGCCGAUCUGAUACCUUUAGCUGGGACAGAGAUGAUGAACGCAAAGAAACCCAAUUUUUCACUUCGGACAGUCAAUUAGGCCUUGGGCAAGUACGAUAAGUUAGGAGCUACAACUAGGGUGCGAAAUAGUCUGUACCACCGACAACAUUCGCAGCAAGCGCGCAAACACAGAGCGGAUAUAUUGAUCUGGUGACCGACGGGUUAAAUACACCAAUGCGACACGGAUGCACAGACAAAAGCCGUGAGUCCAGUACAAAUUUUCGCUAGAAGCACGACAGUUCGACCGUCUUUGCCGACGAUGUCAACCGGGAGCCCCACAGCAAAGUGGAGCAGGCACGGUGACUUAUGCGUGAAGUAGUUUAUAGUAGUAAUAGUAGUAGUGGUCGUGGUAGACAUGCUCAGCAUCUACCACACUCUCUCCUCCACCCCCACCUGGAUCCGGUGUCAAGACAGAGUCAAGAAGACCGGAGGCGGGGGGUGGCAUAGGUGGAUGGCACAGUCGAGCCCGCGACUUGGCGUUCCACUCCGUACUUCCUGGUCCACACAACAAGUGACCAGGUUUUUGACCGACAAAAACAAUGGGGGACGGAAGGGAUCCCAGUGCGCGCGACGUGUGCCGACAGUUGGUUCUGCCACCGCACCCCGAAAUGUUGGGAUUUGUCAUGACGUGCAAUCUGACAACGCCUGCCAGAAUAGGAUAUGGCCCCGGUAUCGGCCCAGUCCGUGGCCCGUUUGGGGACAAGUUAGAAACACAAGCCAAUAUACUCAAGAGUGUGCGGGCACAGACUUGAUGCGCCAACUAUGUCAUCAGGGUGCAACGGGUAGCAGACAUAAGAAGGUGGGAAACAAAAAACUGGAGUUAUCUAAGAGUCAUUAGCGCUAGCCCCAAUUUAGACCUUUUGUAGUCUGUUUUGGCUGACAGCUUCAUGGACUGGCUUGUGGAUGUACCGAGGGUAAUAUCUAAAUUAGCACUUUAUUGAGGAUUUCCUCCAACUCUCAGUUUGUGUUCCUGUCGGAACACGCAAGUACACGGAGUCUUCUGGAGCCACACAAAAACGCGAACGUUGACAUGGUAUCUUUCCAUUUAGGCAUUCACGGCGUUGAGUUGUUGGCAGUCAUAGCCUGUCGACUGAAAAGGCUAAGUAAAAUGACCGACAGAAAUAGAAGUAUUUUCGGACAGUCACGGGUUCUUGGGCCAGAUUUGUUGGCAAUGAACGGCUAUCCUCUGCUGGUGCGGGAUUUCCACCGAGUUUCUGUCGCUUUUGCGGGAAAUAACCAGCGUUCCUGUUUUCGGACCACUUUCGACACCUCUGUAUAUUCGUUACGCUGCCAGAAUAUCUGUUGUUAGAGGAAGCGUGAUGUCAUCCGCACCUGUCAUCCGUCAGACUGUUUGGGAGCGUCUGCAUUUUGUAUGAGUUGUCCGGCGCGAAAUGUCCUUAGGUGAAUGAACAAACGAUUUUAAGAAACCACGAGCCAGUUAUGAAAGUAGUAACUAACUGAAUAUCUAUCAAUCAGCAGCCCCUUUUGGCUUAACUGGCGCCCUACACCUGACACUACGAGAAAAUUUAAUUAGCAUACUAGUUUUGCAGGGCCCAUCUGUUGAAAGAUUGAGUAUUUACCCUCGAGACUGUGUUCUUGGUGUCCUAUGAGUCGGUAUAUCUGUUUCAGCAAUGCAACAACAACUACAGAAACGUCACCGAUGACUUUAAUGUAAGUUCUGCCCAGGUGAUCCAGCAGUUAGUCAAGUGUCUCAAUAUUGUGCAAAAUAUUUUUGACAGAUUUUGGGAAAAACGGGACAUAUCUAUUGCAAAACGGCAAAUUUUAAGCAUGUUCGAAGGCCGCUGCCCUCAAAAUAUUUUUUGAGUGCUCAAAACCUGAAUCCCGCCUUCCGAGUCUGAAAAAUAUUUUGGAAGGAAUUUUUGACAUACGUUAGGGUAAAAAUGUCAGGUGGGAUUUUUGGAGAGUCUCCAGGCGGGCUACGGUAUUAAUAUUCAAUUUUCAUGAAAAGAUGUAUACACAUAACUUCUCCGAUGAAACCAGACAGUUGUCCUAAGAAUUCCGUGGACAGACAAAUUUUCACUUAUAUAAUAAGCGUCCAAGACAGAGAGGCAUCAACUGAGCAGAAUGACCAAAAUUAAAACAUAAAAAGAGAUUGAAGGAAAGCCGAGGUACUGACUGGCACAAAAAAUGAUGACAAACUAAUUCAUACAUAGCCGCAAACUGGUUUCAAGAUGGUUAUAGCUUAGGCCGCCUACUUAAACCCCAUCGAGUAAAAACAAGCGCCUCUGUGGUUUUCAUCACUAUCGAUUGUUUAUGUUUCCGUAACUUUCGUCGGAUAUCCUAGAAAGAUGUAAAACCAUAUCUAAUGCUUGGCUUCCACAAAACUACGUGUUCUUCCAUGUUUUCAUCUGUGAGAAACUAUACCUUUUAAGAUGUUUGUUUGGUUAUUUGUGCCACUUAAUCUCUUCGGACACAUUAUUGCCGAAUUCAAAACAAACGUGACAUCAGUAAAGCGGUAUUUUUCGUGCGCCAGAUAUCCUUAUAGUAGUGUGAUCAUAGUUCUUAUUUUUCCUUUAAAGCUACCGUGCACGUUGUUUGAAUUUUUUCGAAAAUAGGUUAAAAGUUGCGUCAAGAAUCGAUAUUAACCAAAACCAGUAUACUUUUCUGGAAACAAAGCACCAUCCUUUUCAAAGCAUAGUAUUUGUGGAAUAAAUGCCAUCGUGCAAAGCAAAAAUCCGGAAGUAACCUGUAACUUCACUUCCUGAGACGUGUUGCUGAAUAAAUAGGGACAGCAAAAAUCAGUGGAAUAAGUGCACAUCGCGUAAGUGGUUCCUCAAUUGGAUGUGGCUUGUACGGACAAUUCCAAAGAGGCACAAAAAUUGUAAACAGCAAAAAUAAAAGAAACUGAGCUCUCGAUUUCUGACACAUGCACCACCAUUAGCCAGUUAAGAUUCAGGUCGGAACUUAAAUUUAGGUUGCUAAAUGGGAAAACCGCAAACUUUAAUUCUCUGCUUGCUGAUCAAUUUGCAUAAUUCUCGUCAAUGCUGCAUAUACGAAUGUCAGCUUCCUAAUUUUUAUUUAGGUUACAAGAAUCGCUCCUCCCAUUGGUCAACGUUAUCCUGACGCCGGAUGAGAAUGGGUGCGAAGAAAACUUUUCAAUGUCUAUUAUACGCCGACCUAUUAUUUACUUCAUGUUGCGUUAUUCAGUUAAUCUUUUCUUUAACUCAGUUUACCAAUUUGCGAAACAUUCGGCGGCCCCGGUGGUAUUUGAACCCACGACAGCAAGGAAAAGGCCUGAGUAUACCUAACACUUCAACCAUUCGAGUGUGAUUUUAAUCCGAUUUAGGCCAAGUUGCUUGCCCACCUUAAUGCAAAGUAGGGACUCCACCAAAUCCGAUAGAGUAAGCUAACCGCCCAAGCAUUUCGGCUGAUAUAUCGCGGAAUAAGCCAGUUUUAUGACCGGCCUGAGAUUUACAAAUCGCGCGGAGUGUAUGUGCACUCAACUUUUGUUCCCAAUGUCAUUACGGCAGAAAAGGAUAACCCGGCCGGCCACGAAAAAGUGCAUAAGAAAACUGCAAGUCGUUCUAACUGGAAAAAGUAACGCAUAUUUAUAACAUCCUACUGGAGUUUGCCUGCCUUUGGUCCAAUGCACUUCGAAAGGAAAAUCCUGGACGAGCUGAUCGGUUUCUCGCAUAUACGGAUCGAUCAGGCUCCAGGGAAGCAGCCAGUAGUGAGGCGUCACCAUCAUGCUGACAGCAUGCAAGAGAAAACACGCGUGGCCGGCUCUUGUUUUGGGAGUGUAGGCACUCUGCCGAUGAACGCUACUACGUUCAUUGCACACACCGUCAUUCCAACCCGGCUUGUUUUCGUCUUGGCAGUGGAACCCGUUCUACUGUUGACAAACGCAAUGCCGAUUAGGUUAUCCUCGCUGCAUUCCGACUUCUGCCGAAGUCUUCAGUGCAAACGGGAAACGCAGGGGGACAGCACUCUUUGAUCGCCUCUUUGGGCCAUCCACUAACUCUCUGGAAGCUGUUAAACAUCAGUCCUACAGCAUUGUUUUCAUUCAUUUUACUUACAGAACAAGCUCUAUCGAUGACAUUAUCUCAGUGCUGGAGCCCUAUUUGAACGAAUCACUCGGGUAAGUAGUCCUUCAACCGUUUUUGCAAAACGUUCAUAUGUUCUCUAAUGCACCGUCUGGCCAACAGGACAAAAGUGUCAAGACUUAGCAGGAAGUCCUAUGCAUCCCAAGAAACCCUUUUUCAUGCCCGCCGUUUUACACUUGCUUAUUCUAACUUGGGCUGCUUUUUAAAUUUUUAUUCCUUGUAGAAAUUAUUUACUAUCUUGGAGUAAAUCAGUCAAACCGAAGUUUUAUAGGCCCAUUUCGAAGGGUGGUAUAAAUAUUUGAUUUUUCAGUCAGCACCUGGACUGCCAGUUUUUUAAAUGGGGCAAUAUGUACUGUGACGUAACUUUUAUGUACGCGCCAGGUUGAGAGUUAGAGGGCAGUAUUUCCAGCAAGUGAGUCAGCUGAUAACAAGUUGUCGGUUUGACGCGAAUUCUUUGCCUAAGCCAAUUUAAUGACCGAUUAUUUUAAGCACAUGGUCUAACGCUGUUCUGGAAGGCACUAUUAUUACAUUCCGAUCGUCAUUGUCUGCCGCUGUUCUAACUCCUUUAUCAACACAAUCCUAGUUAGUUGCAGAAGCAGUUUACCAUCGACUGGUAGAGGUGAAGGGAUAUUUCUUUGUGGGGAAAAUGAGGGUAAUAAGAAUAUGUUGCUGUAUGCUGCCAGACGGGUUUUCGUGUGCAAAUUUCCUGCUAAUUGGCAACAAAAGGCUUCACCCUGGUCCGAUUUUGUCGUUUAAUGCUGAAAUGUGCAUUUUUAUUUUAUUACAAAUUAAACAAUGUAAUUAUGGUUUCAAGACAGAAAGUGAGGCACACUGCCCACAGUUUGCAUGGAAAACAGCGUAACAGUUCGGACUAUUAUGAAAGAGGGCAUGAAAAUUUUGUAUAUCUUCAGGAAAACUUCCUGUAGAUUAUUUUACGGGGUGUUUGGCGAACUGGAACCUUAGCUCAAGCGAGCAUUGUUUUUCCAGGAGAAGGAAUUGUUUUGAGUUUUGUGGUGCUGUUCAUGAAUUGGCUGCUGACUUCUGAGCGGAAUUACCUCAUGAUGGGUGUUCAUUCAAAUGGAAUUAGAAUGUACCUACUAAUUUGCAAGAGAUGUGAGCAGUUGUCCAUGUAAACGAGUAUAGUGUAUGUCCACUAAGUAUAGAUGCCAAAGGGCGAUACAUGAAUUGCUGUUGGCAUUUUAAUAUAAAUAUUUCCUUUUUAGUCCUACAAUGGAGCCACCAAAGAUAGCCGGUUUCUCCCUAGACCCCGAAACACCAAACGGGUGAGCAUUCAUUAACUUUAAAUUCUUAGCAUGUAAGCAACUGCUCAUCCUGUAUACCCUGUGUACUUUUUACAUGACGUUUCUGUUCAGGAUGCAUCGGCUUUGCAGCGCUUUUCACCUAUUAAUGCUAGCCGCGCCCUGGUCAAGCUAGAAGUCUUAGUACAUAGAGACCAUUCAUUAUGUUUGAGAGAUCGUCUGCCGACCAGGUUAGGGGACAUGCAUGUCCCUUUGCGUUUUGGGUCUCAGUAUGAACCCUGCAAGUGAUCGCAUGAGGACCACUAAUGAUGCAGAAAGGCGUACUUGCAAAAACAAGGCAAACUGGGAUGGUCUAUCUGCCGUCAGGCGGUCAUACCCAAAUUCAUGCUGUGCUAGCUUGGGGUCCAACGCCGAACUUUUUCGGUCAUUAGACCUUAAGUCUAGCGUCCUACCUAUGAGUCAUGUGCACGCUGUCCCGUCGGUAGCCAUGGGAAAGAUCAAACGUUCUGGAGAAUCUUCCACUGAUUGGGUUAGAAGACAGACUAUUUGCUCACCACUGUGGUGACCAAAAGCUAGUGGUUACAUGCUGCUGACAGUCAAGAACGUAGCUUUUAAUUUUACUAAUAAAUACUCGUAUCAUUAUCUCAUUAGAUUUCGGGUUAGGUUUCUGGUUUGGACUAAGGUGAUUUUUUAAGGUUGGUAUCAGAGUUUCGGUAAAGUUCAGAGUUGCAGUUAAGGUCAAACCAUGACUUUGGUUAGAGUUGUUGGGGUCGUGUCCCUGCGAUCUAGUUUUUCUUUAAGUUUCAUGAUCUGGGUAGAUAAUUUUGAAUGAGGGAUCUGUGAUGAUAGACUAUCUGCCUUUUUUGAACUCAAAUGGCCAUUGCCGUUUUCAUAAUAAUCGUAACCAAUUAAAAUUCAUGAGUGCAGUCCACUUCCAACCCCCAUUGCGUCCGCGUCCACGUCUUAACUACGCGACAACUGCUGGCUGAUUAAUCACACCGCCCUCACGGAAAUCGGCUAAAAGCCCAGACAAGCACUUCACUGAUGUUUUCGUUGUUUAAAAACGCGCCUGGGAGGGCUGCAAGUCAGCUUCCUCUAAACCGUUUCUGGUAUAUGAACCCCAUAGGAAUCCCAAACUAAUAAUUUCGGAAAUUAUUAAAGGAAGGACGCGACGUUGAGGGAUGGGCCGUGACUUUUGAGAGCCAGCCCAAAAACCAGAAUUAACAUUUGGGUUGAAGACAACUACUGCACGACGUAACUGCUGGGAGUUCGGUUUCUCAACGCGUUUCCCAGCGUUUUCUAUGCGGCCCUGGUAUAUGAGUCCCGGAGGAAUAUUAAGUUAGUAAUUUCAAGAAUUGCUGGAGGAAGAAUGGGGAGUUGGUAACGGUAGGGUAGAGGCCCCCAAACAUCUGUGGCCUAGAAAGAAUACCUACUAUACCAAUUUAAGUAGGUACUAACCCGACACUAUUACUUCCGCUUGUGUUUCAUCUAACCUCAGCUCAGAAAGUUGAGAAGUUUAGUGCACAGAAAGUGAGCAGACAGUUAUCAACGAUUUAGUACAGGUCAACUUCUGGAAGGUUGUGUUUAAAUACAGACUGAUUUACCUUGCCCCCGGUACCGGUACUAACUAAAAGCACGUGUACCUGUUUUGCCGAUAUCGGGCCAAAACUUUAUAGGUACUGGAAGGGUUACCUAGCAAAUAUCUUUCUCCAUGACUCGAGCUGACUACUGCAGGAUGUAGUAAUACUCUUGGAAACGGAUUGCGCAAACUGAAGGUCAGUGUCAUGAGCAGUUGCUGAAUGCGUCCGGCAGCACAAAAAGGUACACUGAAAAGUGAAGUCUUGUCAGUUAAGUCAAAAAGCAUUUAUCUUCUGCGCAGACCCGAAGUCCGAAAAAUGUUCCCAUAUUUACAUCUGCGUUAACAGGCUUGAGGCUUGUGCAAGCGGUUUUGAAUUUUUUUAGGAAAACCUUCCUUCGAUUGGCGACUAAAUUCUUCAGGACGAAACGAAUAACUGUCCCAUUGUAUGUAUUGAUUUUGAAGUGUACUUUGUGCUGUGCAUGUCAAGGUCCUUGCAUAUUAACCUUUUCAGGGCCGUUUGCCUUCGUAAGAGUACAGUCGCAUCAUCCGCGGUUUCUUUGGCUUGCAUGUGGUGAAAUAAAUUCCAAGGACUAGCAUAAGCUUAAAAGGCCAAUGUGAUUUCAAAUGGCCAAUGUUACGGCGAGCUUCCAUCCAUCUUCAGACCACUCCCGCAAGGAAAAUAGACAGGUUGCCAAUGCAUACACGUUUUACAGCGCCAUGUUCGCAGACCAAGAGAUGGGUUGAAGACUGUAUAUGCUGCUCUGGAAGACUCCUACGUUUUCAUAGGUCACCAUUAGGCCCAACCCGAUACGGCGCCUUGGUUGAAGCUUAUCGUCAGGAUCUGUCUGGCUGUUUCCGCAUGUUGUAGGAAUAAGCCACCAAGUCGUCCUAUCCUUUUCCUUGUACCAUUGAAGAGAUUGUGAGCUGCUAGGGCAGAAAUAAGAUGCAUACGUGGCAGAACGAUCGCUCGGAAGAAUUUCGAAAAGAGGUCAGUCCUCGCUGUUAAUUUAUCUUUUCUGAACCGGAGGAUGAAAUUAUCCUAGCGUACUUUAACGGCCGGAUUUAACGAGAUGUAGACCCAUGUCUUGUUGACUAAGCAUGUGAACUAAUAGGAAUUGCGUCAUUUCAUUCGACUGUUACACUCGCCCAAAAACUGCUCAGAGCAAGCGCAUAUUUUUAUUUCUCAACCCUUGUUAAUUAACCUAAUGGAAAAUUUUUUCGUUCCCGCAGGGGCGAUUACCUGAGACAAGUCGUGGAACUGAUGCUAAGCAAGGACAGCAGCAUUAAUUAGUAAGCAUUCUUUCUGACCCCAAUUCCGCCCAACUUUGAGAUGAUAAAUGUUCUGUCCAGAUAAAAUGUGCUUUGCAUGCUUCAACUCAUUAGGUCUUCAAUGGCUGGAACUUGCGGUUCACUAUAUCCGACGAUGCUCGCCCGAUCGAGAAAGUUCGAAGUAGGCUAAAAUAGAAGAAGUGCUUUAUUUAAUUUUUACAAGUAUACAGAAACUCACCAAAGAAAUCGGAAGUCGAAUUUCGGUAUCAAACAUUGCUCCACAAAUUUUUCUUAAAUAGGAAUUUUUAAGUGCGGUUAAUACAUCAUGAACUGCUUACCUAAGGACACUCCUCAGACGUCAGGGAGACUUAAAAGACAGUUACAUUUGGAGAGCCUGCAUGACCACCUCCCAUAUCAGAAUAUUAAGGCAAAGGCGGUCCAAAUGUGUCAUCACUCCCUCAGGACACAUUAUCAAGUAAAUUCUGCGCAACGACACUUUGACACCCCUUCUCAAAAUACCGUAGAGUUUUUAGUAAUAUUUCGGAUUGUAGUUGAGCAGAGACAUCUUCCCCUUCCUGUGGACAUGCAUCACCUUAGGAAUUUGUCGAAGUCUUCUGGAGUUUUUCGAUGGACUUCCUUAUACCCAGGAUCACAAACGGUCACUAUAAAGCUAAAUUAGCAGCAGAUAACGUCAUGCCUCUUCUAGUCUACUAGAGUUUGUAAAUUUCAUAAGGCCUCUGCUUCACUCCAUCUUUUAUGUUUGCGCAGCUUCUAAUGGCAACAGAGGAUUAGGAUGAUCAAAAAUAUAGUUCGGACACAGGAAUCAAAAGAGCCUACGCUUCCAUUGGACGUUUUGUACUGUGCCUGAACUGGUGGCAGUGACUUUUGUGUACUUUCGGUUGCCCGAGUAAGGUUGGUGAAGUGCCAGACCAGGGGGAACCAGGAUUUGGAUAUGAUGCUCCGCGGGGUUGGCUAGGGGGAGGGGGCUUCUCUUGUAAUGUUUGUAUAAUGUUGUGCGGAGGAUAACUUCAUGCUGUUGACACUGUGACGGACCCGACUUGGGCCUUGAGCGGACAUUGACAAUGAGAAUAACCUGCCUCGGGUGGGAUAUUGGCUGCGUACACCCGCAGAAUUCCAGUCUUGUGUGUUUGUCGUUUCGCCUUGGUCGCUGCUUUUCGGUAGACUUCGAAGAUUUCUGUUCUAGAUUUGCGACUGAUAACCAUGCCUGUCGACUUUGUCUGAGAAUUUUCUAGGUUCUCUGGUAAAUUCUGACACACUUGAAGAGGUUUUGUUUACCCUUCUUACACAGUUUUUUGUCUGCGUUGCUUUCGAGUGUCCGCACCUCCCUCAGCACCACAGGCAGUUGUCGGGAGCGUUGAAAUAGUUAAGGUUUAUUUUUGUAGUCUCUUUGGACGUGUGAACCCUGUGGAUUAAUAUACUUUGCAAGUCAUUUUUAUAUGCCAGAAAAGUACAUCACAGUUGCUUACAAAUGUGCCAGACUUUCCCAUCCCCAUGGAAUUAAGUGCGCUCCAGACAUGGAUUCGUCCUGUUCGUGAGUGCCCGUCCGCAUUCAGUCAAGUUUGUUGCUACUGUUGCCCCCUCCAUUGCGGCCGUGCCAGUGAUUCAAUCUUCAGUUUAACUGGUAAUCAGUAGGCCGAGAUCAAUCCAGCAUUUAAUAUUUACCUCAGUGUUUGUCGCGAGUACGAUACGAUGGUUCCGCCGCCUGGCGAGUACCUAAUCCAGCACUUGCCCGGGACGCUAUACGGGGUUCGCACGUGCAGUUUGGAAGUCGAAAAAAUACGUUCACGACGCCGAGGCUUUUUGUGCAGGUCAUUAACAAAAGUAGUGUUCAGCUGAUAGUGCGAUUCACUCUGUGAUAAAUAAACGCUCCAGCCCAGGUUCUGCGAUCUCUGUCCGCGUGGACGUUGAAGUUACCGUAGACCGCUGGCUUACUCGCCCACGGCAAUGACACCAGGGAAACGUGCAUAUCUUAGAUAAAUUCGGUAACUAUAGGGUCUAAGACCCCCAUGUGGAUGGAAACUUUAAAAAUAUACCCUAAAUUUCAGUGUGACUGUAAACACCACUGAUUAUUCACCGUUCCAAUCGUUUGAAAUUCCCUUUCCCUUCCGACUAGAUGUAGGUUUAACAGCGACGCUUUAUUUAAAGUCCGUUAUUUUUUGAAAAUUACCUUUGUUUAUUUUUUCAGUGUCGCGCUCAUUUCCUUUGUCAAAUGACACCUUACGAUAAGACUUUCGGCUGACAUUUAUUUAUUUUCUUUGUCUUCUUGCGCCCCAUCCUGUGUGUUGUCCCGCCCGCAAAACUCCCUCUAUCACCAUCCAACACAUAGCACGGUUCACAGGCAAGAUCAAGUUAGUUGGGGUCCUACACCCUAUCGGUGUCGUAAUUUCAUUUGCAGCGCAACCAGUACCCAUAAGUAUGAGCCGUAGGCACCGAUGCCUAGGUAGGGGGACGAAGAAUCAGGCGGGCAACCGACUAUUAGUAUUUCCUUAAAUAUUUUAUUUUUCCUUUAAUUGCUAGCGGAAAUUCCCUUUGUGGGACCCUUUAUUCUAAUAGUCGAUUGUUUUGCACUUUUUUUUAUAGUAAAGACGCUCUCCUGGAGGCUGCUAUACACGCAUUCAGUUGCCCCUCAUCAGAGGACUUGUAUGUUUGGCUGUCUGACGUACACUCGCCUGUUUCUCCUAGUCCUCCCUCAAAAACUUUUUAUUAGCAGAACCUGCUUAAGGCGCAGUAAUUGAAUGUCUUUCGACCAUCAUUUUUGUAGACUGAAUGAACUCGCUGUCUUCUUGUUGAAGGACGUCAUUUUGGAAUCUACGGACUUAAUGUAAGCGCGGUAACGCUCCGAGAUUGGGAGUUGAUACUCCUUUCGAAAACAGUCUGUUUUUUGACAUAAAUACGGCGAAGAACAUGCUCUGACUCUGAUUAUGUGGCAUCUAAAACGUCUGGAGGAAAGGUUUCCGUCACAGCCUACUGCAUGCAUGGGGACUAAUGAAGAAAUCAUCAAAUUAAAAUUUCUCCCGAAGUCUAUGAACUUCGAAACAUAGCCAACGUUUUCAAUGGUUCAGGGGAUUUCCAAACUGAAUAUUAUGUGUUUCCCCUGAAACAGAUUCCCAUCAUCCGCCAUGUUUUUUAAGUAAGCCAGUUGUUACCGUGGAAUACCAUGAUUAAAAGAGCGCAUCUUUUUAGUCCUGUGAAUUACAUCAAUAGACCUAAUGCCGGGAAAAUGCAUGAAUAAGCUUUUGCGGGUCUCAAAAAUUAUUACUAUUGCAAAAUUUUUGAACAUGCAUCCUGCACAUGACAUUGAACUGACUAGUGAGGUAGUGGUUUUCUCGACUGUAAUUAACGCAAUUGCAUAAGGUACUUUCAUUCCAACCACAGUACUUUAUCGCAUAUUCAGUGGCUUUAGAUGGGGUAGCCUAAUAAUAAUUUCCCCAUCCCCGUCUGGACGACAUUAUUUAAUUAAAAGCUUAGGCUAGAUCGCAGUUGGUAGCCAGGAAUGCGGAAGCUGACGGCGACCUUAACCCUAACCCUAACCUUACCCCUAACCCUAACCUCAACCUUAAACGUUAACUGGUAACCCGAACGUCAACCCUAACACUAGCCCUAACCGAAAUCGUAAAAGCAACCGUAGCCCUGAGGCAUAGUCAUAACUGAGAAACCUAACUGUAAUACUGAAGCCUAUUCGUACGCUCAAACGCUAACCGUAAUCCGAAAACCUAAGCCUAAAGGCAUAAUCCUAACCGGAAAACCGAAACCACUAACCUGUGCCCUAAUCCUAACCUCAAACGUAAAACGGAAGCCAAGUGGGUCAGAUGUGACUAUGGAGUCCCACAAAAUAACCCCAGUAAACAAUCCCCAGCCACCUGUAAUACGGGGCCUGGCUACCAGAUGCGAUCUAAACAAAGCUUAUUGCAAAAUGGCAGCUAGUAUUUAGGGAGUGUCGCAACGCAUUGCAACUUAUGACAGACUCAUUCUACUCAUCUCAACAGUUAAAUUACCGUUUUUAAUGCAGAAGUAUUCUAGACUGAUUAAGCUGCUCCUUUUGUUGCUGACUUUCGGAGCAAUAUAUUUUUGCUGGGAAUGUUGACUGAACACAGAAAAUGUUUUGCAGAUCAUGUGGACUGACAUCCGCGCUGGACUACUUGCUGGCGGCUUUGGCUGGAAAAGCUUCAUCGUAAGUUCACUCGGCGUAAUUAUAUUUCAUAAGCUUCUUUAUCGGUAGACUGGACAUGGUAGUUUUGUCUUCUUUAUUUGCAGCAAAAAAUUGCUCGGAACAUUAGUGGUUAAGUAAUUCGACGUGAAUCAGGUGGCAUAGAGCCCAAAUAUUUGCAGCUGUCGAAAACAACUUCUGAGGUAUUCGCUCUUCCCCCGCCCCUCACCCCCCAGUAGCUAUGAUAAAUUCGUGUCUGACUUCAAAAGCUAUGCAUUGCAAAAAAUCCAGUAUACCCAAGCGAGUAAAGUCAGAAUGCAUCAAUUAUCUCAGGGAUUGACUAUAAACUAUAAUUUCAACUAUUUAAUAAAUUCGGAAUGGACAGUGGGAAAUAGAAUGCUCACGCAGACAGGAAGCUUUUUUCUUCGGACCCGAAUCAUAUCAAUGACUAUACUUAUUAGACACCUGAUCUAAAGUAAGCCAGUUUGUGAGCCAUGAAAAAAAUGUAUUGAGUACUUCGUGCGACUGGCAUGCAUAACUGCAAUACUUGAUCGUAAAACAUCCCGUGCGUAGACCGGUCGGUGGUCAACUUAUGCCGUAGACAGUCUUAAGUACAUUUCUAAUCACCGGCGGUACCUGAAAUUGUAUUGGGACAAACUUGUACAUUUUGUAUAAGCAUGCCCCAAUUUACUUAACAAUGGUUCUUUCUGUGUAGGAACUCAACGUCCACUGCGGAUGCCGUCGAUCAUUUCCUUUUUUAAUGAACUCACUUCUGACACUUUUUCAUGUAAGGCUGAAUCUGGGGCAUGCACAUUAAUCUAAAACUGUUUCGCGAAUGGAGGCGAGUGUUCGAAUACCACGUGCGUGCAUAAGGAAGAAGAAAACUAGCUGACCACUCGAAUCAUUUUUUUUUUCUGAGUUCUCGGGUUCUUGAUGAAGUCCAUCGUCAGAGAUAGCAGUUGAAUAUGCAACCGUUAUAGCCAAUCCAACCUCAGUGACAGAAGUCUGGAGGUGACUAUGCGGGGCUCUGUGUGCCGCGGCAGGAUCGAGUGACCGAGUUCUCAUCUGAAGCCCUGGUUUCAAUCAAUUUUCACCUUUCUUACUCUCGGCGUGGGCUAAUAGCUUAGUGGUUUUGAAGUUGAGCGAAUGACCUCGCCUGAAGGUGUGUACAACCACUUUUAAUAAUUCGCCUUCCCUCAGCACAGCCUGCUCGUGUUCGGGCAUGUACAACCCGAGCAUGCAUUCAGAAUGACCUGUUUAGUCACGGAAUACGAUAUACCGCGCCCGACCGCACCUUGGGAUUUAACCGGUCGUUGGUUUUCAUGACCCUGCUGCGCAUGGUAGCUAUGGACCGGCGUGCAAUUCCACCAUCUAGUCCAACAUCAAUGCUAUCGGCCACCUCGGAAUUGUGCUUAAUGUACGACAGAGUAUGCUAGAUCAUCGAUGAUGUUUCCGCUUGGGCCGUCCGAGGUGAACACGUAAGCACUGGCUUAUAUACGACUUCACAUAUUCAUUCUGCAUAAGCUGAUCGCGAAGGUAUCAAGUCUCACACACUGUUCCUUCCCGAUUGCUGCAGUGAAUUUAGAUCCGUUUGAAAAGUGUUCUCAUAUAGCUUAGCUUGUGAGCCACCAGAUGGUCCCUGUAAAAACCGGUAAAAUGCACGUUGUUCGUUACUCUUUUGUUAGACAUUGUCUCUAUUUCGCUGUUGGGACUCCGCCUGGCGAGCACAUCAAGGAAAGGAGCCUACUGCUUGUCCACUUAUUCCUCCACAGACUUUAUAUCCGGGAAGAUUGAGUUGGGCAGGUUAUGAAACUUCUGCAGUAUGUUCCUCCUGAUGAUAUAAAAAUGCGUCUUGAACGUAACGGUGUCAACAAACCGAUUUCUUUUGGAUGAAAUCAGUCUCUUCUAGCUCUGGUAGUACCAGUUCUGUCGUUAAACCGGAGACUGGGGACCAAAGGUGAGGUAAGGUGAGGUGAGGUGUAUGUCAGCCUUCGAACUGUCUCGUGAGAAGCUCAGAUUUUAACGCGCUGAGAGUUCCGCGUACGCCUCUUCAGGUUUCUUGCGUAAGACUUCGCGUGUCAAAUUCGAGGUGCUGGAUCUAAACAAUGAUGUAACAUCAAAAAAAAAUAAUUUUGUCCGAUUGAAUCUUCCGAUUGCGGAGCUCUACAAGGUAAAGGGAGGCUGGGGUUUCCGUUUAUUCAUGCAAAUUGUAAAAGUCGGAAGGCCGGGAGAAAUCGCGUAACACAUUGGGUGGUUUAUAAACCAUUUUUAAUUCUGUUAUGUUCCAUUAAACGGCUGGGCAGGAUCCAUGAACAUGUUUAAUGCUAUCUCGUCACCGAAACAAAAAACGGCAUUUCCAUGGGGUCUUCAAAUGCCAAACGCGUCAAAGCAACCUGGCUGCAACGACAAGCUUUUAUUUAAUCCAAAAUUUUAAGUAGGUGAUUGCGAGCAAUCGCUAGCAAAUACAGUUAAAUGUCUGCGUUAAACCAAACAUUCCAUGUCUUUAUGUCACUAGGCCAGCCAAGGUAUCUGUGUGUACGUUAUGUGGUCGGACGAACAACUGAUCCUGGAGAAAAUUAUUAAGGCAACGAAAUUUUAUGUAAAGUAAUUGGGCGGCAAAUUAGGUUGGCCUACUGUAGUUCGAAAUAUCUGCAGGACAUUUUAUAACGGUUGCGCCAGAGUCUGGAACCGGAUUCGCCGACUGGAAUUUGUUUAACGCAGAUGAUACAAAAAGUUUCUGCAGCAGUUUACAUUGUCCUAUAGUUUUUGAGAAGUGGGAUUGGGCCAGCCAUUCUGAUGGCAGGCGAUGCCAAUAUUUAUGAAGCCCAAAACUCCAGAUUUAUGGUGGUCCACAGCUCAUCGCCCUUGGAAGACCUAGGAUGUGCAUGUAUAAUUGGGCAAUGCCCGAGAGGCUUCGGACGAGUAUAAAAUAUUUUUUAGUUUCUGUGGAUGUUACAUGCAAUCCACGCCUGAUUAAAGACGAUAUUUGGUUUUGUUAUUAAGGGGUCUUUUAGGUGAUGCGACGGGUGUGUAUGAUAAUCUUAUUUUCAAACUCUGUUACAUUCACGAACUAUCAAAUCCAAAGUCAUGCAUCUCAACUAGUUGAAAUUACGUUGGCGAAUGAACAUUAGGCAGAAAUACAUGGGGCGCCCAGACCGCAGAUAUGGGCAUAUUUGUUAAUAAGCAGUAUUGCUAGGAAUUUUUCGGGUCGAAACGGGGAGUCUGGACGAGGAAAUUAUGCUUCAGUCGAGCUGGACCAUCCAUCUUUAAGACUGAAAAUCCAUAAACGUUGGCCUGCCCAUAAUGUGGACAACUAUUGUACGCUGUUCGAAGUCGACAACACCUUACCGGUAUUUCUGCUAUCUACCUCACAUGCAAUAAUAAUGUUUGCUGGAACUCAGUGCCAUAGUCACUUCUAAGGGAAGAAGAAUCCAGUUCCAGCGGUCUGUUGAGUUCACGCCUUGCUAGUAGACACCCUCCGCUGUAUUUGAUUGACGGAAACUUGACGCAAUGAUCUUUGAAGAUUUGGACACCAUUUCAAGAGCGUUAACAACUUAUAACAGAAAUAUACAUGUGCAUUAUGGACAAACUCGAACGCUCCGAAUUUUCUGUUGGCGGUCAUCGCAAGCCGCAGUCUUAAGGGAAAAUAUCAUACUUGAGGAGUCCCACACUUUGGAAUUUCAUAAAUACUACUCUUCUUAGUCUUAUCCGUUGUGGUCUUGUGUCCAAAUUAAGAGAAUAUUAUUCAUAUCACUUGUACCCAAAUACGUGUCAGAGGCUUUUUCUUGUUUUCUAUAUUGCCAGUUGAGUGGUUAUUACUAUUUGCCACAUGGGAAGUAAAAUUCAGAUUGGCAAAGUUGAGAUAUCCGGGUUGAUUAUUGGAAGACGAAGACAGGCGUACCAAAAAUGUCAGUGAACAUGUGCGCAAUGCCUACAUGCACAUAGCACUAUUCAUAAACUGAGGAAGAGAAUACGGUUGCCUUCCUUUUGUAUUCACGCGUUACACUCUGCGGGCUCUCCAGCGGAAAAGAGGACGAGAAACGAAGAACAGGGAUUCCCUUACCACCUACUGAGGAUUAAAUAGUAGGAAAGUUAUGUGGAUAUGUAACUUCAGCGGUCUGUGUGUAGGACGGCACUUUGUAACUCCUAUCUAGAGAACUCGAAGAUGAUCGUGCGUCGACGGGUAAUCAAUUGGUUAAAAGGUAUGAAGAUAGUGAACUACGGCAGAGAUCAUCUUAUAAAUGGGAAUUCGCGUCUCCUUUGUCUUUGUCGGUAGUGGCUUAGCGAAUAGGUGCAAAGUGGGCGACAGUACCUCGUAAAGAUACUUGGUGCGUCAGUUAGUGACCGCUAAUGACUUAUCUGAGACCAUCACCCAUUCCAUAUUCUAACCGCAAUAACUGAUGACCGCAGCUGGGCGUAUUGAGUUGAAUCAGAAACUAGCGAGUCAAUCGUCGAUGUACACGGUCAUGUCCUGGCAGAGUAAGUAAGGAUGCAUAGACAGGUGGUAGUCUGAAGCAAUCGCGGUUGGUUGGCUGAAAAAGCUAGACAAAUCCAAGUUGUCAUUUCUUCUUCCUUCUUGUCGUUCCCGCACUCUUCUGUGCAUAUUUUCAAACACAUCCACUGGCAGUAGAACUGAUGUUUUUCGAGACACUGGUUUGAGAUAGUUCAAAUAUGUGUACUCAUAACUUAAUGCAGACAAUGGUGAAGGACCUGACUUGUUUAUUUAACCUAACCGGUAAGCUAUAAGAUUUUUCAAGUACAUGUCGGACUUUAAGGGAUCAAUUCCUAUCUGAAAUUAUGUUUUUUAUCCAGUACAGCUAUUUCUCACGCCUCAUCUCCUAACCGCGCGCUCGUCUUCCUCCUAUUUUAGAUCAUCUACAGGGAUCAGCUUGCCUUUGACAGACGGCACCAUCGAAAAAUUGUUAGUCUACAUUUAUGCUGAUAAAAGUCAGAAAUUUUCAGCAAAAUGCUAUUUAGUUCCCCCCUCAGGUAGUUAUUAGCAGCAGACAAAGCAACGUUUGGCGUUGAAACGUCUCUGAUCUUUCUGGGGUCCACAAGCUAUUAAAUAACAGGCCUUCGCAUACCGCUUUUUGUUUACUCCCUUCUACACCCUGUCAUGCCAGGUUUAUCUCAGAUUGAGGAGGAGGAGGAGGCAAAUAUUUGAAAGCCGAAUACUUGUAUUUUGCUGCUCAUCAGAAAAUCGCAAUUAGAAGCGAACAUUUGCAGCACAGUACCUAAUCAGCUAUCAGUAAUUGAUGCAACCAAAAUGUACGCCUGAUAAAUAAUUUGAAGAGUUGACCGACAAUAGGUCUCCGCCUGAAUCUUGAUCUUGCUAGGGGCAUUUUGGCGGCCUUUUUGAAUGCGCCCAGUUUAAUAAAUUGUCUAGGUGUAAUUGCAAGUGCAUACACUAUUGUGCGGGUUUAUUUGCCCGCAUACUCGUUUUCAUUAAGAGAAUUACGAGGUCCGAUGAUGCAGCUUUUUAAAACACACCCAUAAUUACUUGCAUUGUCAAUAUAAGCAACUACUGUUGGAACAUCCGCUCAUCCUGCUAGAAAUAUCUUCUUGUAGAAUAAUAUAUCCAAAAUUACCGGAUAUGCCAUCUACCCAAUUCUGCAUUUGCACUCUAAUGUUUGUCGGACGUCAAGGACGAGGACCGCUAUGGUCUGCGAGGUCUCAGUUCAGGCGACUUUCUUUGGCGUCUUCUAUUGCCCCACAUCGUUUUAGCACCUAUUUGGUCAGAAGUAAUGGCUCAAGCUAUCUUCAGAGUCGCACAUUCUAGAUGGUUAUUUAAAAAAACACUUCGUUUUAUUAAAGGUUCUGAGAGUCAUUUCGGCGUUUGAUGUGACACGGGCCUAAGUUUACGGUAGAUUUUAUCAAUUAUGUCCUAUCUGAUAAUCAGCGCCAAGAGGCCUGGAGACUGUCGAGUAUGUUCGUACCAAAGUGCGACUUUCACGAACUCCCCAAUUGUCAAUUGAUUCCGUAGACAUUUUCAAGGAGACACAACUCUCCGCAAAGAGCAUUGAGAAGGUCGCAUUUUAGUCCUAUUUAAAUUUAGAUAUGCAAAAAGGACGAAACAUGCAUGAAAUGUAGUGUAAAGCUUCAAUGCCUAUUUUUUAAAAUUUUGAGCAGAUGACAAAUCUUGGAUGCAUGACAUGGGCGCUUCAUUUUGGGAAGAAUUUCACAUGUCCCUCUUCUAAUCUGACCACACUCCCAAUUUGAUAAUGCAAGUAAUCGUCGCUUGGGAGACAAUUAAGUCACUCUUUCCAUUGUCGGUAACGCUUUUUGAGGAUUCAUUUGCAGUAGGAUGUCUACUGAGCGGUUUCCCUUCACUAAUUCCAUCCUUCCAUUUCAACCACUGUGGGGCAUCGAAAAGGAAAAAUAGUAAAUAGGACAAUAUUUGCAGUCUCUGUACACAGAGUUUACUGUGAACUGUAUGUGCACGAAACUUGACGCCCCGUCCAGGGCUCCUUAGCUGACUUCCCACAGCCUAGUUUCGUCAGAGGAUCGAGUAGCACUAACGCUGCGAGCCAACUUACACGAGCUCCACGUGGUAGCAUUUUCGCGCACUUUAGAGCUCUCAAGCCUAAGUUGGUGCCCUUACUGGAGACUGAAAAUGGCAACUUGGGGGAGAGGUCUCCUAGUUUACCUCGAAGUUUUAGUCAUUCCCGUGUGGUCAAAUUCCUGGAAGAUGCAAUUCGAUUUGAAAUAGGAUAAGUGAGUCCUCGCCGACUUAUUAAUUAAUUUAUGAGAAAGGCGGGUUCUUUCUGACGCGUUUAACAGGCCACAAGGCAUAUCCUUGAAUUUUAUAAAAAUACCUUGUUUAGGAUACGUCCAACAACUUGAGGGUAAGAUGUUUGCACAGCUGUGCAAUUUGAAAAGUGUACAUAUCAUAGUUUUCUCUCUAUUCACAGCACUGGUGUGUACUGUUCAAGAACUCCACCGGCACGUUCGAUCAAAGAAAUGCAACUAAAAGACGAAGUAAACAUGUGUUUUGCUUUGUCCGCAUAGUGUGGCACCCGAUGAAAAAAGAGCUUUUAGCUAACCCACAGCCGAUUAUUGAACGUCAUAGUCCAGCCAGCCGGAUCGGACGACUCAUCCUGCCAUGCCAGUAGAUGCUAAAGUUGUACAACCGAGGUUUGGGUGAGUGGUGGGCACUGGUUCAUCUGAACUCUAUUCGAGGGCGGAUUCAGGACAUAGCCUAUGGACCUGAUUCCUUACUCACAAUAAGUUAGGUAAACGCGGUCGUCUUCUGAUUUUCCCUAACUACCUCAAAAGAUACAAGAACUCGGCUUACAGGGAAGUCUUAUCAGACAGACCGUUUUUGAUGUUCAACUCAUUAUUUAUUCUAGGAAGAACUUGGGAAACGAUAUCAUUCUUCAGGCCUUGGAGUUGGCAGACACCCGAAAGAUGUAGGUUGUUGACUAAACGUAUAAAUAUUUUGACGUUCACAGUUACAAGAAUAUCAUUUUCACGCCGACCAAUGAAAGACUAACACAGUUUCUAACGGCAUGAUAACGGUUUCAUGGCAAAGUUGGAUCGGACGGGGAGAAUAUUUCAUGAAAUGAGGACACUUUAAAAUCAUUUGAUAAGAGAUGUACUGAACGUAUAUGGCGUACAUGCCAAACGUCACCACAUGUUAGAGGCAUUCAAUACUGCCUUCAUGAUCUUCAUUUUGAAUGGAAGAUCAGACUAAUGGAAACAGGCGGAGGGGACCGAAACCAUAUUAUGUUUAGGAAUGUACGUCAAACAAUCACAGACCUCUGCUGUUACUCUGAAAUACACUCUGGAUAGAGCUCUGACCUAGAACUCAACCGAAACGCUAAUUCGCUGUGUAUAUUUUGAGAAGUUAGGUUGAAACAUUCGCAACUCUAUUAGGUAAAAAUCUAAAUACCGUUAGAUAAAAUGUUAUGUACACUACGUAGCAUCUGUGAAAACGUAGUCGCCUCACUGCAAAUCUUCUGCUAAUUCUGUACACAUGCAUUUGAAUUGAGCCAAUUCCAGUCCAAAAUGCCUUGUUUGUCAGUCAGUAAAGUGUGAUUCUUUCUCACAUGGCAGAUUCCGACAACUGAAAUACCUAUUUAAUCAAAGUGGCCUACCCCUUCCCGGUGACAAACUGUAAGCCCUAAUUUACCUUUAUUUUUGUGCAUGAUUUUUCUGCCGGAAUAGUAAGGCUCAGUCAAUGCUUCUGAGUAAAAUACAAAGCAUUUGGCCGGCAUUCUGUUGCGUACGUUAUUGGGGCCCUGGGUGUCCCUGCAAAAGCAAUUGAAGUAGCAUUACUAGGUCCUAUUUAGGUGCGUCUGCUCUUAACCACAGUAGGUGGGCUAACUCAUGAAAUGCUAACCGAAAUUCCGAAAUGCGUUUUCGUUUCGAAAAGAUUAGUUAGGUAGGGUUGUAAAACUAAUCAUUAUGCAGCAUAAUUCUAUAAUAAUUUAGUUUCCUCUGGAUGCCGGCUUUCGAACGAACUUCUUUCGGGUGCAUGCAAUAACUAUGCUCUGUGAGAGAAGAAUACUUAUGUUGCAUGUAUUUUUCUCAUUGAUUUUCGAUGCCCUUAAAAAUUCAAUUAUAAGUCGGGGAAGCAUGCACAAAAUAUUCAUUCUUUUGCUCACUCGGGGAAAAAUUGCGUCUUCAUCCAAUUUUAUACUCAAAGAAAGGGGAUAAAUCGGUUUUCAAAAACUUUUCCAAUUCCCUAAUAAUUUUUAAUCCCGACCUGUCGUUACGCUUACAUUCAGGAUUUCCAAACUACAAGGCGUAAAUUUUCCGCAUACGGACAACCAUUCAUUUUUCUACGGUAUUAAGAGGAGACUACAUGGGGUUCAUAAAAUUUGGCAGUGGAUUUGAACCAUAAUGUUAACAUUAAAAUCUACAUUGGUAAAUGCAGAGACAUGACGUUUUAUGAACAACCAUUUCAUGGUAUGAAAAAAUCUCACAAUUAGGGACUUUUUUAAAGCCAAAUUAUACCCUUCCUUCAAGUGUAAAAUUGGACGAAGACGCAAUUUUUCCCCGAGUGAGCAAAAGAAUGAAUAUUUUGUGCAUGCUUCCCCGACUUAUAAUUGAAUUUUUAAGGGCAUCGAAAAUCAAUGAGAAAAAUACAUGCAACAUAAGUAUUCUUCUCUCACGGAGCAUAGUUAUUGCAUGCACCCGAAAGAAGUUCGUUCGAAAGCCGGCAUCCAGAGGAAACUAAAUUAUUAUAGAAUUAUGCUGCAUAAUGAUUAGUUUUACAACCUUACUUAACUAAUCUUUUCGAAACGAAAACGCAUUUCGGAAUUUCGGUUAGCAUUUCAUGAGUUAGCCCACAUACUGUACUCAUUGCUGGACCGCAUACAGUGCCGUCAUUUUCCUUGAUUCGUAUGAGAAACAGGCAGUAAUUUGGAUAUUGAAAAUGAAUAUCUAUAGUAGUUUGCUUUAACGGAAACACUGCUUUUUGUUUACACCUAAGAUAAAUAAUUUUAGACCUCGUUCCAUCGCGUCUGACAGGCUUGCCAAGAGGAGGGUUCUACCGAGCUCCUAUUAAAUGAGCUGUUGUCACAUCUGUCGACCUUUGCGUCCUAGAGACCACCGGCGUGUUUGGAUUUGGGGGGAGGCUGUUUUAGGGGGGCCUCUUCCUGCAGACAUUUAUUCCACCUUACUGGAGAGCUUGCUGGAUGAAGUUGCGAAUGGCACAUCACACGAUACCUUUCGUUACCCGCAGCGGCCAACCCGUCACUUAUCGAAAACUACACAUGCUGGUUCCUAAUGAGACAUGACUGAACACACCUCUUCGUCAGUCCAUAGUUCCGUGAACUGGACCUCCCAGUCCUCAGGGUGCUGGGCAAACCAGCUCCGUGAUAGUUACAUUGACCGCGAUCUUCAGCACAUGCGCAACUGUGAAGACGGUUUAGUCCUCUCAGGUACGCUGCCAAACCACCACUGCCUUUCUGUAGUCGAAACUAAAUACUAGCACAGUUAACGCUGAUCAGAUGUAUGCCAACAGCGUAUGCUUAUGCGCCUGCGGAUAGAAAGGACAAAGGAAACUUUUGUUCAACUGGGUCGUUCAUAGUGCGGCAAGCAUGCAGCCCUACGCAGUGGUCUGAUUCCUUUGCUAAAACUGUUUCAAACUUUGCUUUCAGUCGACUCAUACUGAGCCACUUUGCCUUUUGUAGGGUUUACGUUGCAUUGCGAGCCGCAGUUACUAGCGAAGGCAUUGGAAGUGGCGGCGGGUACGUAUUUUUCAUUCUUCUUCUCCCCCCCCUCCCUCAUGCGCAACUACGAAGGCGGGGGUAACUACAGUAAUUUCCUAAGCAGGCAGUUAAUUCUUUCGCGUGCUGUCGUGGGGUUCAAUAUUCCCAAUAGAAAUACUACGAUCAGAACUUCCUCAAAUGUUAGAGUUUCGCAUCCGUUACAAGUAUAGAGAACGAUGGUACACCAAAUUCGUUUUAAAAUCCGAGUGAGGUAUGAAACGAAAAGACGUUAUCGUCGAUAAAAAGGAAAAAUUUUCAAAAAUUGCGAUGAAUUUGAUUCGAUUUUGCAAUUUUAUCGAACCGGCAAAAACGGUAAAUUCUAAAGGAUACUAUCUUUGGCUCUGAAGUUUCUGAACGGUCUAGAGGAUUCCAUCAACCCAUUAGGGGAGAAUAUGAAUCGUCCUACUGACAGCAGGCCCACUCUUGUGAAGCUGGGUGUUGCCACAGGAAAAUGUCGAAAGAAGGUCCGGAAACGUCACUGUAGUCGGCAUAUUUUCCUGACGAUAAAUUAUCCUACUUUGUUGUAUUUAUUCCGUUGUAUACUAAUUUUAAACCAGACCAUUUAAUAUUGAUCAGGACGUACUGACCAUUUUAAAAUACUCCAAAAUAUUGGGUAUUACGAAAAUGACAGAAAAGAGUUCAUCACGACGAGGUUAUACCGUAGUUGAACGACACGUAACGUCAUGAGAAAGGAGCGUUCAGCUAGCUGACUUGGUUAUCCGACAAAAUGUGGAUAUUCUGCCUUAUCAUAGUGGCCUACAGUCGAACCCUUGUAUUCCGUUACAUAAAGGGAAGCAAAUAGAAUCAAAAGAGAACGUUCGAAGAGGCAGUCUAAACAAUUCCACCGACACUUCAAAAAGACACGCUCUUGUGUAACUCGGCUUACUUCAAAACCAACAUCAAGAGGAUAUCUGGAAACAUCACGUCUGCCGACUUUUUUUUCGACGACCAUUUUAUUUCAGUUUUUCAUAUUUCAAUUACUGUAUUUUAUGCCGGGACAAAACAUUUUAAAAUUCAUUAAAAGGGCAUUUUCGCACAAAUUGCAGAAAAGAGGCAGCAGAAGAAGAGUAUGCUCUCAGUUAAAAGCACAUAUGAACAUCUUUUAGCAAUACUGGCCGACAUGAUCCGAUCUUGGGGACAAGAUAGGGGUAUUCCGUCCUGAUUCAGUGACCCAAAGCUAUGCUCGCACAUGCUGUUGUAUAGCGAUGAGCAAUGACUAAUCGAGGGACGUGAAUGAACUGACCAUUUGUUUGUCUGCCGCUACCAGUCGGCCACGGAUAAGCUGGUUCGAAGUUAUGUACUCUACCGCCGAACCACACACCCACGUUGACCAGUUGCUGUAGGUAAUACUGCAAGUCGCAUGCGUGUGGUGGCUGCCAACAAUGAAUGGGCCCGUGGCAAAUAGGCGCCUAAAAACUUCUUCGGGUUCAGUCAUCAGGUUUCCCCAACCUGGUUUUGAGGUAUAGUUUGAUGAAAACGACAAGAACGCCUGAUUUGUUUAUUCAAGUCUCGCUCGCUCCUUUCCCAGAAACUGUACAUUGCCAGCUUAACAUUCUCAACGAUUUCCAAAUCGGAAGGAGCUCACUUCCCCGGAGAGCCCUGUCAGCGUCAGUUCAACACUUUCUGGACACUCACAUGUUUCCAGAAGCUGUUACUGCACUGCUUGGAUGCAAUCGCCUAGGCUGAUACCCUGAGCAUUGCUGAUAAAUUAUCGUCAAUAACGACUUUAUGGAACGCUACUUAUUAAUGGAGUGGGAGCUAGUUUAUGAUUAUUUUGACAUUAUUUUUUCGUAUACUCUUUCCUGCCCAAAUACAGCCUAACAUUCGUGGACCUGAUGGAGGCCGUUAAUGCGUCCGGACUGAAACUGUAAGUUACAUUCCGUCAGUGCAGCACUUCCAUUAAGCGCUGCCUUCUGACGUUCAACGUCAGAAAUCAGCUGCUUAUUUUUGUGCAUCGAAAUGUAUUUCGCAGUGGGACAAAUCGUAAAAUUACAGGUGACGGAAAGGUAACCUCUGCCAAAACUGGGCUGAACAAAAUUAAGCAGAUGACGUGAAAAUUUGAAGAAGGGUAAGCUGAUGUUUGCAUGUAGGAGGGCACUAACUAGGCACGGACAAACCCCUUAUCAGUAAUCGUAAGCACUACACAACACUGCGCGUCAAAAGCCUAACUUAUACAACACCGCUGUGAUACCACUGGGUGGAGCCGGUGACCGCUCUUCCGGCCAGACUUUUGUGAGGGCUCCCCAUUCGUCAUUCGAUGACUGAAGCUCUUGUUAAACUGCAAACAAAUAAGACAGGUAGUUCCAUCACGAGCUGACCGCUGUGGAUAUGGACACCGUUUUUCUGAAAUGGUGCUCUUACACGCCCUUUACAUUUGGUUUGAAAAUCAUCUAUGAAGCAGUUUCAAGCAUCUUCUUUGCAGCGGCUAUGUAUUAUGGUGUCAAGGAUGCAACCAGUAGCCCCAAUUUGGGUUAAAACCUCCUGUGCAUGCCCUGCACCAAGCGAAUUAAGAUGUUGGAGAACCGUCGGUCGACCACCGGGUGGGGAAUGUCUUAGCGGUUCUGAGAAGAGCGUAGAGAAUGCGCUUGCGGUGGGAUUGCACUCAGACCGUCGUCUGCAUAUUCGAUUAGUAGCAGUUGAAUCCAACGUCGCCAGAAAAUCAGUUCGGAGAGUUUGUUACGGAACACAAAUGUCAGACUGACCUGCGCGAAAAUGAUUUCAUGCGUUCACAUCGCCGCCACCAGUGGACUUUCACAAUCCGAUCGUCCCUUCCAGAUACUGCGACUUUAACCCCUCCUUUCGCAUAUUCCUCGGUUUGCUUUUAAUUGAGACGUGUUUCAAAGGCUGUUUUGAAAAUAACUGAAUGCAAAGCCGUCGUCAAUUUUAAAAUUUUUGGGUCCCAAGCGUGUACUGCGGAGGCAGCAACAUUCACUGUGGUUUUUAUUAGCGUGUAUCGGCUGGAUAUAACCAUGGUAUAAAUAAAAGGAAUAGUUUAUUUCCUCUGCGUAUUUGUUUUUCCAUCGUCAAGGAGGCGAGAUCCUUCAAAACAGGAGAUCAAAGUCGAUAAUCUCUGCAGCCGAGACUGAAUAUAAGAUUAUUCCGCCGAGAAUGCGGAUAGUGUCCACAUUAAAAGCACUGUGGACUUGUGCCGAGGUACCAGACUAAUUCCCCUUUGGCAAUCUCGUCACGCCUUCUUUUACUGCAUUGAUUGUUUUAACGUGACGUACGCAACUAUGUGGGAAACCCUCGCUCCGCUGGCGUGCUCCGCUGCCAAGUUAUUUGACGUUUUGAACAUCAGUUUUAUUCACCGACCGGUUUUAGUUACUGCUUUUCCUAAGUAGGGCUCGUGGGAACUAUUCAUGAGAACUACUACAUUUACGUCAGGUUAGCCUGUGCCAUAGCUGACCGGUUAAUACCUACGGCAGAGCGAGACGCAAGCGGCGCCACCCAGUGUCGCCUGCACAGUCGAUGGGAUGUUCGUCUUUGUUCGCUAACAGCAUUUUAUUGCCUCAUUGAAAUGCCGUAAACCGGCCUGUUCACUUCUUACCCACAGGUCCUCAGUGGGCGAGUCACUGUUGCUUUCGGUCGCAACGUCAGAGGACGCACCACCAGCGUACGUAUUUUUUGCCAGCAUUUUGUACCUUCCGUUCGCUACAGGCUUACUCUUAUGCAGACGCUUUUCAUGCCGACACCGUCUUUCUCUGCUGCCCGUAUCAGGGCAAAUACGACCCCGACCUCUGACCAACAGUGGCCGUCACUCAUAUGACCUUUUGAAUCCGGAUCUCUUAGUUUCACCUGAACUUUUGAUUGUAGCAAUAUGAUAUGAGCGAAUUUAUAAGAUUGGCUGGUGAUCUUCUUUGAAGUGUCCUGUUGCGGCAGCGUUGUUGUGGGUUUUUCCUUUCUGAGCUUCCAGUCGAAACAAUGCUUUAGUGUUCAGUGGGAGCACCUUCCGAGAUGCUCCUGAUUGUAGAACGAAGGCGGACUCGCCCCUUGGCUUCGCACUCCAGCCGGCAGACCCCAGAUGCGGUUGCAUCGUGUCGGAAAAUCCAAAAUCAAGAAGUAUUGCCGGCAAGGCAGUGGAGGCUGGAGUGGCCAUUUUCGGCAUGUUUGAUGUCCUCGGACUAGCAUCUCUCAACCUCAAGACAGCCAGACCUGAAAUUUAAGUCUAAUUCCAGUCGGUCUUUGGGUUAACUGUUCCGCUAGUUCAGCAAUGGACCCACGCUCCGUCUGCCGUUGUCGGAAGUGCUUCGGGCCGUGCGCAUCUGAGUCUUCCGAUCGGAAAACCAGGUAGUACGUGACACGGACUUUCCAAAAAGCGAGGACGAUUGCGCUCCAGUUGUCCUCCUUAUAAUCCACCCGAGGCGUCUGAAGUCGUGGUUAAGUGAUAACUACAUGGCAAAAUGGCGUGGUCCCUGGGGCACCAGCCGAGUUGCGACGACCCCAACUUGACAUGACCCCAUAAACACUCCGAGCGAUAUCAUAGGUCAUUGCGUGACUUCCGGAUCGUGCAGUGUGCACAAGAGUUGGGGGUAGGAGGAGUAUAGCUAGUCAGCCACUGCUCCAAUUACUGCUAUUGGUAAACGAUUAUGCGUCGCUGAUUCUCACCUUUGCUUUCAUGAUUUCAUAAAUCACUCCCGACUGUGGCUAGAUGACUUAGUCUGUCAGCCUGUCGAUGUACUUGAGUAUUUUAUGUGGAAUAAACGCUUCCUACUUGUAUUUCCUGCUUCAACUUCUUAAAGCGGUCUGGCACUUGGAAUGUCGGGGUUAGCACUGCUCAUCUAAUAAAGUGGCAGUCCUUGUCCUGUUUGAUGGACAAGAGAUCGAAUGCAGUUCAUUUUUCAUCGUCUUGUUACAGGGAGUAUAUUUUUAGCCCCUUCGGAUGAAAUAGUUCAUCCUUUUAGGUUGAUAAACAAGGACAUAGGGAUAUUAAAUUAGAACUAACAGGGAGGUAACAUAUAGAAGUUAUUAUGUGACAAGGCGAACUCGAUGUUGACAUAACAGUGCAGGCGUUUGGACACGGAUAUAUGCAUUUCCCUAUACUACAGUUGACCUUUCAUCAAACUUCAGGGGCUACCAAUUACCGUGUCAUAGCCAACACCAACACGAACCUCCUUAACCCUAACGCAAAUCAUUCCAACCCUCCUAAUGUUAACCCCAUUGGAAUUUAGCAUAAGACCUCCUGCAUCGCAGGGACAAGUAUAACCGUGCUCUACUGGGCAACCUUUCAGCAAAAUAAGUCACAACAACUGAUCGACAUUUUUCGGGUUUACAUCUUUGUAUCUGUCCCGAGGUACUUUUAAUUAGGCCCCGUUACUCACAUAUUUUGAAGACUUUCGAAGGCAGUACAUUCUACUCUCAAGCACCCCUAAUUAUUCAAAUUUUCCAUUCAAACAGGUUCUUCAACAUCUUUGACAUGUUUCCUGUCCUUGCAAGAGAAGUGCCCGCACUAAGGUUAGUUCUAUUUCAGGAACUUAGACGAUAUUCUAAACAUCGAAUCACUUUGACUAUCGGUAAGUCGAAAGUCAAGCAGUCCUUGGAGAGGCGUUCGCGGAAUUACGCCGACUUGUCGGCUUUCACACUAAGAGUGAAAUAGAAUUCCGGGCUUCGAGUUUGAACGACGACAUGGACGAGCCUUUGUUCAUUAAUUCAGAGUGGCUUUCCAGAAUAUUUGAAGCGGAUACGAUGGCACUUACAUUUAUUGGGAAAAUCCCGAAAGUGGAAUAAGCGGAUGUCGUAUGCAUAAGUUGACGAAUGCAAAAUAAAAAUUAUUCCUUCUCUUCCUUCACGAGACAUGUCCCAUUUCUUCUUUACUCCCGGCAAAGGUUAAUCCUGUUGUGACAACAAGCAGACCUCUCAGUGACUGUUAUUAAAUGAUUCAGCAACAACUGCAGCAAAAACGCCGUUCCACCACAUAAGAUAACGAUUUGUGUAGGGUUAAACGUCACCAGUAUUGUCCAUUACGAAUUUCUCGAAAAAGACCUACAGACUGCACCUGGGAUAUGCUCAUGCAAUUGGAAGGUACAAAACAUACGUUAUUUCAGAAAUAAAUGAUAUUUUUGCGUGAUACUGUGUGACCUCAUAUUGCAAUACAUAUCCGAGGAAAUCCACAUAACCGCUUUAUUAUUUCGACGUUUUCCAACUGAAUUUCACCCCUUCUAGGCAGUAGAUAAACUCAGAGAAAUAUAAAUUUUCAAAUAAGGGAGAGUCUGGGGCAGAUUUUGACAGAUGCUUUGUAGGUUAAGACACAUCGUCCUACAAAAAUGUAAUUUGGGAAGGGUUCGAAAUUGUGAAGGUAAUUAUUUUAGUAAACAAGGCCGUUUCUAGGAUUUCCUGGUCUCAUUUGAUUUUCCUUUCACAAAACCGCAGAAACGUUUUGGUUACCUCGCGAGUUUGGACCUUUGCACCGGUCUCACUGUCUCGCUUGGUCACCCUCGCCUAGCUGAUGUGAUAAUAGUGGUGAUGACUUCGUAAGAUUAAACCUAGGUAAAACGGCAGCUGACUGUGAGAGUGAGACAAAUGCCGGAGCGUCCAAAUGCCUACAAAUUGAUAGGAUUCAACUUUAUAUAUAGAAAAUAUGUUACAUGCAAUCGGUAAUAAAUGAAAGAAAUGCAGUUAAUACUGGAAUGUUGGCACGCCCGUUUUCCGAAGACGAGCUGCGGAACUAGUCUCGAAAAUCUACACAAUAAAGAUUACUAUUUCCCAAAGAAUUCCAUCUUCCUAAUUAUACCUCUUGGGAUGCCUGCUUUUCAAUUUAGUAGUGGGGGCGCUAAGAAUAGCGAUGAUAAAAUUACGGCCAUUGUGCUAGUUUUUAAAGUAUCCUGAUAAUUUAAACAAACCCUUUUCUUGACGCUAGAUGAUUGCAUUUGGCGCAACUUCAAUUCGAUUCUUUUAACUUUUAGCAACUUGCCAGACAUGAAUUUCGUGGACCUGCUUGCUGACAUCCUCUGA